AUGUCGGGCAACCCGUAUCAGAAAAGGUUUUUGUCUUGGAAUCUACUAUAAAUAUGGAGAAUUUGAUGAAGAUGGUCUUCUACGGGAACCACCGGGAGGACGACGCCGACGUCUUUGACCUCGAGUUAUCAGAAUUCGGUCACCUCCAAUAUUGAGCCGUCGACCAUCGGAACUAGGUGAGGAAAAAAGAUUUGAACUCCAAAGUUGAAAGCGUGAAGGAUAGGUACUAAAAAACCGUCUUCGGGGGCUCAAAGUGAUAUAGACGAUUGACGGCUAGCUUGGGACGCAAAAAGGCGUGGUCUGUCUGCACUCUCCACAAUCCAGGGCACUGUCUCGUCCCUUUUCGUGUCAGGACCCUUUUUCGACGGCUCAAGCCAGCCGUGAAUCAGCUAUACCCUCUGUUGGUACCUCGAGUAUGAAGAAAUAGAAGAAGAGUGUUCCCCCGCAGUAAUGGGUUCAAAAAAAUGGUAGUCUGGAGGGCGGGGGGAGUCGGGGGAAUUUCUCUGGACUUGAGGGAGACUCUGCAGUACCUCCAAGAUGGCUCAGAUAGAGCUCAAAGGUAUGCGGAGGUCUCACGAUGGACAUAUUUUUCUCGACCCAUUUUGAGAGGUAUCUUUGUGGAAGCAUUUUGGUACCCUUCCGACUUGCCUCUGACGGUUGAAAAUGCACAAAAUGAGUGAAAAAGAGAAAAAACGGUUUUUUCGCGUUGCGGGACGUCCUCGCCCGGGUGCGCCCGCAGGCGCCCUGGUCUCAUUGAUUCAGCCCAUUUCGUGUCAUCUUGACCCUUGGUUUUAUUUUUUAUACAUCCUGUUUAAAAAUACUGUAUAACUUAAAUUAAACCGGACCGUACUUCCCUUCAAGACCCAUUUUGUGUUUUUCUUUCGGUCCGCCAACAUAGGAUUUUGGUUAAGAUUCUAAAAAUCUGCUUAAAUUUUCAAUAAACUCUGUAGUUUUUUUGAAACCGCUCCCCAGAAUAGGUCACUUUAUCCCAAAAUUGGGGGUGGGGGCGGUAGCGGGGUAAUAAAUUUUUUUAUCAUAAAGGGUGUUUUUCACCGAAUAGGUUUCAUUCCACUGAAAAGGUUAGAUUUUUUUCCAAUAUUUUUCGCUACCGUAACCUAAAAAAAGGGCGGAGCCAGUCUCAGUCUUAUUUAUUACUUUUUUUGAACCUUUUUCUAUGUAUAGUCAAUAUUUACCGACUUGAAAGGCGAAGGAGGCGGGGCAAGGGGCGGGACGCGUAGCGUGUGCGUUCGCGGUUCUAGGCACGAGUUCAAUUAAAAUGUCGCCGACUAUUUAAAAAGCUCGGCCACCGCUCUUUUUCAAUGCUUUCUACUAUUUUCUGAUGCACACAUGAACAUAAUCAAUAAAUAAUUGAAAAAGGAAUGAAAAAAGCGAAAAACGGGUUUUUCAAAGAGUAGAUGGCGGUUGAAUUGAACACGUUCCAAGAACCGCGAACGCGCACGCUACGCGUCCCGCCCCUUGCCCCGCCUCCUUCGCCUUUCAAGUCGGGAAACAUUGACUAUUUUGUGACCAAACUAAAAACUCUCUUGUUUUGAAUCGAAAAUCUUGGGGAGCGUGUGUAGAUUGCUCAUUGGUUGAAGAGGAAAAUCUUGAUCUAAAAAAAAUUUCUCAAACCUGAUUUUAGCUGGAACUCGGUGCGCUGGAACAAGCCUUCGACGAGUUAUCGGGCCAAUUUGGCGUCCAGAUUCGAGAACAAAAGCUCGUACUCCUUAUCGCCAGCUGCUCGUGGAGUGGCGGCCAAGUGAGAUUUUUUUUUUGUCAUUUUUUGAACAAUCUGACUUGUCUGUACCCUCUCAAUCUCUAAUAUUAUACCACCACUGAAAGAAGAGAUUUCGGUUCUCAUGUGUGCGCCUUGUUAGGAAUCAAUCUGACCUGUCUGUACCCUCCUGAUCUCUCAACAGACUUAUCUCCUUCUUCAUUCUUUCAUCACUGUGAGAAAAAAGAGUGCACAGACAAGCCAGACAGUUCCAAGUAACGUGAAGAAAGUUUUUUUUGAUCAUUUAAAAACCCUGAAAAACGUGCUCUCCAAGGCUUACCAAGCCGGAAAAAUUUUUAGGGCCACUAUAGUAGUCAAAUUAGUGGCCACUUAAGGGGUUAAAAGUCUUACUUACUUAGAUACUUAGAUGGUCCAAUAUGUAUGUUUCAAAAUUAUCAGAGUUACUGGAUUGAAUACUGGAUGAAAAACUACUGAAGUGGCCACUAAAACGGAAAAUAGUGACCACUAUAUAGGUGGGUUUAGUGACCACUUUAGUGUCCUCUUUAAGUAACCCUCAAGAAACCUCUCUAGUGGCCACUAAAGUUUUCCCCGAAGUUUUAUAGAAAAUAUGAUGCCGUGUUCAAAGUAAUUUCCGCGAAAUGCAAAAUGAUCUCUGACUCUCCAAAAUUUAGUGAUCUUUUCCUUUCUCUAACGGGUAUUUUGCAUUUCGCGGAAAUUACUUUGAACACGGCAUGAAAAAACACAAAAAUGUGAGUGGGCCCUUCACUGAUCACUUUUCUAUUAUCCUUGGAGCGCACUAGUUAUCUGAAUUUUUUUUUUUGACUUUUUUUUUUGAUUUUGUCGUUCUUUUUUUACCAUCCUUCCUUAUAACGUUUUGAGAGAUUCAAAUUGUAUUCCAAUAAAAUAAAAAUCAACAUUUUUGAAGAGAAGUUAAUAGUAAAAUUACUAGGUAUACCUCAACGCCGCUCAGUUCUGCAGCUAAAAACGCAGCCGAUGUAGCCAGGUUUGUCGAUUUUUUCGCGAUAUUGGAAAAAGGGACAUGUUUGAAGACAUUAAAAUUGUUCCAGAGCUUCAAAUGUGUUCCAAAACAGUACAUUUUUUAGUUUUGGUCGUUUUGACAGUUUUUCAGAACUUUUUUCAGCGUCGGCCCGUCAGUAAUGUCGCGCGCGUCGCGGUUCGACUCAGCUUCUGCGGCGGCCAAGGAUCGCUACCGAAACGAGGUUUUUGAAACAAACUGGGAACAUUUUUAGUGGCCUCUAUAGGGUUUUGACGUUUUAGUGGCCACUAUAGGGGUUAAAAAUUAGUGGCCACUUUAGGGGUCAAUGGAUCAACAUAACUAUACAGUUUGUUUGGAAAUUAUCAGAGUUACUGGAAGAAAUACUGGAUGAAAAACUACUGAAGUGGCCACUGAAACGGAAAAUAGUGGCCACUAUAGAGGUGCGUUUAGUAGCCACUUUAGUGUCCUCUUCUUGAAGUCCUUGCGGAGCCCCUAUAGUGACCACUAAACAUUUUCCAAGUAAAAAUAACCUGAAUACUUACUAAAACUUCAAAUUUUGAAAAUUUAUCCGAAAAAAAUGACUCCAAUACGAAAAAAGGACCUUCUAGAAUGCAACUUUUGAAUAUUCGACAAAAAAAUCAACUAAAAUUAAUUUUUCUUUCCCAUUUUCAGGCUCGAGAGUUGAUCAGCAAGUGGUCGAACCGUGAAAGAACAACGGGUAACUUUUUUUUUCAUCAUUUAUGAACAUAAGCAAAGUCUGGAAAGGUGGGAAAGGCUCCCUUUUUUGCUGCCUUUUUGCGCCAUUUUAUCGGCCCUUAUGCACCAUUUUUGCUGCCUUUCCCUUUUUCGACCAUUUAUUAAGCCUUUAAAAUCGCAGAAAAAUGGAAGGUGCGAUAAAGGGACUCUUUCUGCAGCUUUUUUGCGACCUUUCUGCAGCCUUUUAACGGCCAUUUAUCUACCAUUCCGACUUUGCUUAUUUUCUGGAAAAGGUAACUUUGAAGGCGUCACCCACACACCAUUCUACUCGCGGCACUUUGAGCCUCACAAAAUUGGUCUGCGCCCUAGUUUUUAGCCGUUUUUUAGUGUUUAGUUAGAGCAUGAUUGGAAGAAAUGCCCUUUAGUGAUUGGUUUAGUAACCCUUUUGGUAGUUAAAACUGUUGAAAAAAAUUUUUAAGUCGAAAAACAUGACGAUUUUUUUGAAGCUUAACUUGUUUUUAGUGUUGAAAAACGUGAUUUUCUUGCAGUUUUAGCCCUUUUUUCGGUGUUUCUUGAAGCAUGACUAGGAAAAAUCCCACUCAGGAAUAGUUUUAGUAGACCUUUUGGUAGUUAGAACUUUUGAAAAACAUUUUUAAGUCCAAAAAUGUUGAUUUUUCUGAAGUUUAACCUGUUUUUUGCGAUAAAAAAGACGAUUUUAUUGCAGUUUAGCCUGUUUUUUUAUUCUUAGCUCGAUCAUGAGUAAGUCAAAACACCCCUUCUCAAUAUAUUAAAUUGUCAAACAAUCGUUAGAAUUUUUGGAAAGUGAUUGAUGUCGAAAAAAUAUGAUUUUCCUGUUGGUUAGGUCUUUUCGGUGUUACUCAGACUAGAAAAAAACACUUUUUUAUAAUUUUUGAAGUUCCUGGGUAGUUAGGAUUCUCGGGAAGUGUUUGAAGUGUAGAAACGGUCAUUUUCCCCUUGGUCAGCUUUUUUAGUGUAAGUCGAAGCAUGAUUAGAUUAAAUAAUACCCCUUUUUGAUUGAUUUAGUUGUUCUUUGGUUAGUUAGAACCUUCGAGAAGCCUUUGAAGUCGAAAUAAGAUGACUUUCCUUCAGGCGAGAGCUCCUACAAGCCGUCGAGCCGGUACAGUGACGUCAUCGGCGUCACUUCUCAGGCUCCGAGCCAGGCCUACAAGUCCAGCGAUUCGUUUCGUAUGUUUCUAACUUUUGGACUUAUUUCUUGUCAGAAGGACAUUUUCAAGUCAAGAAGUCCAAUUUUUUUUGUGCCGACGAAAAAAAGGCGUUUUAAAAGCACCAUGUUCAGGUUGAAAAAAACUGGUUUUCAGUCAUAUUUUUUUCUAGCAAAAAAAUGAAAAAAAGCGUGAAAAUUUAUUUUUUUCAUAAAAAAAUGGAUGUCUUUUUAUAAACAUAGAUAGCUUUACAGUCAAUCCUUCUUGAUUUUAAAGGCGAGAUGGAAAGGGCGACGCGUUGCGUACGCGUCGCGGCUUUUGGCGGCAAAAUUAGAUUCAAACGCGAGCCACCUUUUUUGUCUUUUUUUGACGUUUUUUAAAAGAUUUUCAAUUUUUGUGGUUUUGAAAAGAUUUAAUUGAACGAAUAAUCAUGGAAAAAUGUAACAAAAACACAUUUUUUCAUAAAAUUUCAAGUUUGAUGUUGAGUUUCCCGCCAAAAAGUCGCGUCGCACACGCAACGCGUCACCCUUUUCACCUUAUAGAACGGGAUAAAUUGAUAAUAUAGCCUGUGUAACACGACUUGGAAUUUCACGGAACGACAUUCCGCUGUGCCGCUGCGCGCCUUUGCGAACCUUGGUCGCGCUUUUAAUUUUUUUCUUUUAUCAAGGUACCCUACUUUCAUGUGCUCCCACAGCAAUAACAAUCAAUUGAAAGCGUGACCUAGAUUCGAAAGACGCAACGCGACCGCACGCAGCGGAACAGCGGAAUGUCGUUCCGUGAAAUUUUAAGUCGUGGCACACAGACUAUAGAACUCCUUAUAAUUUUUUAAUCUUACAGCCUACCGUAAGGCGACCUCCUUGACCCCGACCCGGUCAGCAGUCCCCGCCGUUUCUCGUUAUUCCGUCGAAAGAGCGAGUCUUCUUGCGGCUUCCCCGACUCCGCAGUCACAGUAACCCGCCCGACUACCGUAACCCCCCGAAAAAUCCAUUUUCUCAGCACCCUGCGUAUGGAGCGUCCCUGGCGCCAGCGGAUGGCCGAAUCGUCCCGAAUUCGGGCCACCCUCGGCGAUGAAGUGAGUGCCGCGUACGUGGCGGCUCGUUCCGCGUCGCGGUCGCGUCGCGGUUCGAGUGCGUCUCAAGACGAAUUCUCACUGUGUUUGCCUAGUGAUAGCGCGCUGGUUCGUUUCAGUUCUAGUUGAGAGGUUUUUUGCGAGUUUCGUUCAUUUUUUUUUGCUUUGGAAUGAGAAACUGCAACGCAACCGCUGCGCUUGCGGAUGCGUUUCGGUAGUUUUUUCAUACUUAAAACGACUUAUAAACGUUCCGGUUGACUUUUUUGCUGUGUUAGGACGAAUAAUAACGAAUAAAAUUAGGAAAUUAACAAAAGACAAAACUACCUAGACACUCCAGAGUGGUCCCUAUAGGGGUUACCUUAGGGGGCUUGAAAAAAAACCCUAUAGGGGCCACUAAAGCUUGCAAAAGUGGCCCCCAUAGAGGACAUGCCAGUCGACUAUUGUUAUAGUUCUAUGAGAAAAAAAAAUUUUAUUAGAAUACUCAAAAAGUAGGCCCUGUAGGGAUCACUUGAGCUUGAGGGACCGAAAAGGUAGACUCUGUACCCCUAUAGUGACCACUUAAGCUUGAGAGCCAUAGAGAUUAGACUUUUUACUCCUAUAGGGAACACUUACGGACCUGGAGGUUAGAUUCUGUAUCCCUAUAGGGACCACCUUAAUUUUACCCCUUCGCCUCUCUUUAGGAUUUGUUUCUCCCCUAACCCCUAUAGGGAUUACUCUGGCGAUCUUAAGUACCUACUAUGGAUAAAUAGUUUGAAAAAGUUGUUAAUUAGGAGUUUUCUCAAUGGAGCGCAACUGAAUUGGAGUUUUCAACCGCAUUUUUAAAAGCUUAACGUUUGCUUGAAACUAAUGUUACUCAAAUCACCGCGAGCUUUUCAAAACUGACAUCUUUUUCGUUUCAAGACCAUUUUUAGCGGAAUUUUAAAAAAAGCCAGCGGUGAAGCGACUCCUAUAACCAAUCAUAAUACUUUCUCACCGAAAGACGGCGCGAAACUGCGUCCGACGAUUGGCAACAUGUGUGGACGGCAAGGUGUUUAGUAUCGGUCGCGGCAGAGUUCGGCGGAGAGCGCGGCCUACACUCCGGCGAGUCGGUUCACGACGUCCGCCACGCCGGCGACUUCCUACAGACGCGACGACCCCCCGAUCCGCAGCUCCUACAUGUCCAGGUUCUUUUUCGUUUUGGGCACCUGAAGAAUGUAAAUUAAAUCAUGAGUAGGAUUGGCUUACAGAAAAACAUGGGUAGACCAUUUUUAAGGCCGCCGACCCCUCCUCCCAAGUUUUCCUUACUGGGAAAAUUUUUAGGGGUAUAGGCUUUUGAAGUUUUAGUGGUCACUAUAGUAGUCAAAUUAGUGGCCACUUAAGGGGUUAAAAACUAGUGGCCACUAUAGAGGUCUAAGUGCUACUACUAGACCACAAAAAUUUUAGGGGCCACUUUAGGGGUCAAUGGAUCAACAUAACUGGUCCAAUCUGUUUGUUUUAAAAUCAUCAGAGUUACUGGAAGGAAUGCUAUAUGAAAAACUACUAAAGGGGCCACUAAAACAGAAAAUAGUGGCCACUUUAGUGUCCUCUCCAAGUAAUCCUAGGCGAGCCUCUACAGUGGCCACUAAAAAUUUUUCCAGUAAGUAAAGUUAAUAAGAGCUGUGUUGUAAGCCAAUCUCUCUUCCCGGGCUGAAAGAAUUCCGUACUUCUAUAAAUGUAUUAAAAAUAUGAAAGUUGAAUCUGAACCGAUUCCCAUUUUUUGAAAAGCGAGGGCUCAAAAUCAGUGGUUUUACACAUUUUUUUGACUUUGACUUGUAUUUUUUUGAAGUUGUGAAGUUUGAGACUUUGAAAUUACCUUCUUUAUGAGGUCUUCUUUUUCCAACGCUCUUAUUAGCAGAAGCUACUCGCCGGUCCGAUCUGGCAGCAGUGUCUUCAGAACGCCGUCCACUUCAACCGUUUCCAAGCCCCCGGAACCGGUUUCCAGGUAUUUUCAUUUUCUUGCGAUUUUUAUUUUUUCUGGUGUUUUCAUUGAACUGCUCAUCGCGACAGCUUUCUUUGAGGAUGGAAUUUUGAGGUUUUCGGCCAAAAUUUUGACCUUUUUUGUUGAUUUCACUCUGUCUUUCUGCCUUUUUUGAUAAAAAUUGAAGACUUUAAAGCAAAUUUAAUAUAGUCCAUAUGCCGCGACUUGACAGUUUUCGCGUGUCUGCGUCUCUUUUUCCCUCACCGGCGAGGUCAGGGAAACAUGGAAAUAGCACGUAAACAUGAGAGAGUCGCUGAGGGAAGAGAAGGGCGCAGAGAAGUCCCACCCUUUCAAGUCGUGAAAAAUGGACUAUAAAAUAAUUCAUAAGACAAAAAGCUCUAAAAUGUGCAGAUAAAGUCCUUAGACCAUUUUUCCAUUAUGAUGAUGUUCCUUUAAAUUCAUAUUAUCAGGUCAAUAUCCCCGCUGUCUCAAAGAAACUCGAGCCGUGAGUCGCUGAGAGAGGAGGUGAGUCAUGACUAGAAAAAACGGAUUACUUCCUCUAUUUCAUGCAGAAUCGCCAGUUCAACGCCAUUUCGCAACCACCGAAAAAUCCCUCGAUACGCGAAUCGAGCCGCGAACGCGACGCUGAACGCAAGAAGCACCGGAGCAGUCGCGAAAGAAGUUUGAAGGGGGGCUUUUGGAGAAGUUAAUAGCGAAUUUGAAGCGGCCAGACGGAACUCGCGGCAGCGGAGUCAGCAGGAGAGCUCCUCGGAAGGAGAAGACGUCACACACAGUCGGUCGGCGUCGAAACGGAGGAAGAAGCGGAGGAAGAGCGACCUCAAUGACACCGGUAUGGAAAAGAGCGCAGUAUUUUGAAGGGUCCUCUCUAGGGACCGCUUUACCAAGCCCCUAUAGGGGUCCCUAAAGCUUGCGAAAGUGGCCCCUAUAGAGACAUAUCAGUCGAUCAUUGUUAUGAACUCUGAGCGAUGAAGCAUUUCCAUGGCAAAAAAUGAAAAUUUUGAAUGAAUUUGAGAGACCCCUAUAGGGACCACUUGAGCUUUAGGGGCUAAGGGUUAGACUCUAGAACCCUAUAGGGACCACUUAGGGUUGUUUCUCCCCUAAACCCCUAUAGGGACCACUCUGGAAUUCUAAGGGGUCAGACUCCAAACCCCUAUAGCCUAUAGGGACCACUUUUUCGACCCCUAUUGAGGUUUCCCCCCUCUCACCCCUAUAGGAACCACUCUGGAAUUCCUAAGUAAUAUUGGAGGGGUGCGCUUAGCGCAAUAGGUUGUGUGCCGGUCUACGGCCCAAGUGGUCACAAGUUCGAUCCCAGCCAAGUAGUUCAAAAACACUGUCAGUGGAAAAAUCACGGACCCCAAACAAAGGCGGAUAAUUUUUGGAUGGUCUGGUUGAAAUGACAUUCGUUUUUAUCGAUUUUUAUUUGUUUGAGAGAGUUGAAGAGGACAUUUAUCUUUGCAUGCAUAGAAAUAGUUCAUAAAUGUGAAUGGAUAGUUCUUUUUUGGAUAAAUGGUUUAUCUAUCUUUAUAAUUCUUUUUAUUAGAAAAAACUAAAUACAAACGUUUACUUCUAACCAGCCAACCUUAUAAAAUGACGAGGGAGAAGAAGACGCAGAGAAACGAAACCGUUUGAAGCUUCUUUUCAAACUUUUCUCUUGAUCCGGUUCGGAAAAGCAAUUUAUUAUGAACUAGAUGGCAUUAUUGUUGGUCGUUAUAACGGAAUUUUAACAAACUAUUUGAAAUUUUCGAUCUUUUUUAAUUUUUGCGCUGUUGGAUUUUUUUUUUUUGAACCUCAUGGCUUAACCAUCUUAAACUAUUUAUUUUCAGCCACGCCCCCAGCAACUCCGAAAACGUCGACGGCACCGGACCCUCUCCAGGUAUCGUUUCACUGCCUAAGUGCGGAAAACGGGUGCAAAAUGGCUGCUAAAAGGGUUCCGUUGUGCGGCCUUUUCUGAGCCAUUUUUCUCGGCCAUUGAUUCCGAUUUUAUAACUGUAGCACAUUUUGGUUCAUACACAGGAUCUGGUAAAGAUUAUUCUCAAUUUGAAAAAUUCAGUGAUUUUCAAAAGGGUCCAAAAAGGGAGCAUAAAGGCCGAUGAAAGGGUGCAAAAAGGCUGUAAAAAGGGAACCGUUGCCGCCCGUUUAGGAACAGUUAAUGGACCUUUUUGCACCCAUAAUGGUCCCUUGAAGGGUCCGUAAAGGGUCCCUCCGGCUUUGUAUACUUUUUUAGAAAAAUUAUAUUGAACUCCAAGAAAAAAACCAAUUUAUUGAGAAGAAUCUGACCGCAAACGCUAAAUUAUUUAUCCAAACUUUUAAUGAGCCUUUUGAUUGACCAACGUUCAGCCGUCCGCACACUUUGCCCCGAAACCAACAUUACAACUCGUAAAUUUCUGGCUCCUCUCUGCACCUUAAACUUUUUUUUCUCCGAGAAAAAAAAUCUGAAGACGGCGGAGAGUGAUGGGCCCGUCGGUGGUGUUGGUUUUAAGCGGAUAUUUUUGACGAUUAGACUUUUUUGUUAGAUACUGAGGAGCUCCAGAGUGGCCCCUAUAGGGAUUUUGAGACAAACAGCCCUUGUAGAGCCAACUUUUGCCCAUAAAAAAAAGAGGUAAAGAGGUCCCUAGAGGGGAGCCUUCAAGGUUGCCCUCUAGGGGCCACUCUGCCGUUUCUAAGUAUCUCUGGAUCGGGAAAAAAAAUUUGGGCGUUUUAAUUCAUUUAUUUUUCAUAAAUUGAGGUAUUCUUUUCAAUUGUAACAUUUUUUUUACUUUUUUAAUCUUUAUGCUUAGACUAUAUUUACCUGGAGAAAAAAACUUUUUUUAAUCUUUAUGCUUAGACUAUAUUUACCUGGAGAAAAAAAUCAAUCAAAUAUUCAUAAAUCUUAAAGAAGAAAAAAACGUUUGAUUCAUUUUUUUUUUUUUCUGAAUAUUUCAAACUAAAACUUGUCUUCUUUAAAAAAAUAUAUUUUUCAACGAGAAAUAAAUAUUUCGUUUGUUACACGACUACAACGUUCCAAAUUUACUAUUUAUUAAUUCCCCUCAUUUUUCUAGAGUGAUGUGAUCAUUACACUUAAAAAAAUUAAAUUUUUUUUAACGCUCUCCCAUGAAAAAAAGUUAAAACACAUGAAAAAAAUGCAACGAAAAUCAGGGACAUUUCGGAGCAAUUUUUGAACAUAAUUCCGUGUUUUGAGAUCUUUAUUUUUUUCUGUCAAGUUCAAUUUAGAACUUUUUUUGAAUAUCCCCCCUAGUUUUUUUCUUGAUGAAACUUCGCUGUAGUGUACUUUAGGACCCCCUGCAGAAGAAGAAAAAAAAUUCUUAUAACAGAUUUUUUUAUUCGAGCCAUGAGCUUCAAAGUCCGCAAAAAUAAGCAAAUUAUGGGGGAGAGUCGCUUAAGCUUAUUUCUUGAACAUAUGAGAAAGUUUCCUUCUAAUCAUUUUCAUUCAGUUAUUAUUUAAUUUUUCAAAUAAAUAGAGCCUGUUUUUUUGAGAUUCGAAUAUUUUUAUUUAAAGGUCAAAUCGAUGCAAUCGUCAAUGUAUGAAACCGGUCAAGAAGACGGAAACAAGGCGACGUGAGUUGAAUUUUCUAAAAAAAAUCAAGUUUUAAACAAUUUUCUACCUCUUGGAAGGCCAUACAACGUUGGAAAAAUCUCCGGAAUUUUGCCUUUUUUUGAUUUUUCUUUCUGUCAACUGCGCCCGACUUGAAGCGACUUUGCUAUAUGAUGCCGUUGGGCGCAAGUAGCUUCUAGUCGGGCGCGCUGAAAGAUUUUUUGAAGAAGCUAUUUUUUCCGGUUAAAGGGGGUUUCAAACCGUGUAAAAAAUUAUCAAAAAAAGUUUAUUGAUUUAUUGAUUUUUAAAAGUCUGAAAUUGAACUUUUUCAGAACCCCAGCGGCCGUUCCAAGCGCCAUCAACGGUAUUUUUCCACAUUUUUUUGAAAAAUAAUGUUUUAUUUUCAGAACUCAACCAACUGAUGCUCCAAUUAACGGCAGAAAGCGAAGGAUUCCAAUCUUGUGCGACGUCUCCCUUGGCGCCGUCGUUGUCCAGAAGCAGCUCCAAGAAUGGAGUCAUGAAGAAUCAGAUCAUCAGUUAGUUUUUUUGGGUACUUGUUUAAGGAAAAUUCAGAUUUUCUUCCGAAAAAAAUUUUUUUCGUACAAGUUUUUUUGGGUAUUUUUUUCGUGGUUUUUUUGAAAAAUUACGUCCAUUUAUUCGGUUUUUUUCUCAAUUUUUUUCCAUCUUUUUUUAGAAAAAAAGCUUUGAACUCUUGUUAAUAAUUAUUUGCUCAUAAAUAUGCCCAUUUUUUUGCUCUAUUGAGAAUAUUUGAACUAAAUUUUUUUGUCAAAAUACCACGGGACCGCCAAUUUUCGAUUUUUUUUUGAAACUUAAAAAAACCGUCCACAUGUCAGAUUCCUACGCAAUUUCAAGCUCAAAAAAAUUGAAUCUGAAAAAAAAAUUUUUUUGCUCAAACUUAUUAUUUUUUUUCAUUGCAAAACUGUCCGAAACGAGUUUUUACAGUGUACCAAAAAGUUUUGGAUGUAUCAGGAAGUAUUUUCGUUUAAAUUGGUUCCAAAGAAGUCAAAAAAUUUAUAAUUUAACAAUUCAAAAGGUGAGAUAUUUGAAAAACUUAAAUGCGAAUUUGGCAUUAUUUUUGUGCGUUUCAAUGAUAGUUUCUAUGAAAAUUUGUUCAAAAGUCUAAUUUUUAAAGAUAAGAUCUGAUAUUUGUCAUUUUCGAACAAUUGGUUAAGCUUCACCUUACCAUUUUGUUCUUUAAUGAACCUGACAAGUCAAAAAAUGAAAAAAACUAUUUCCAGAAAGCCCAUCACUUGUGGAGGUGCGGGGGUUGCCGAAGAGCGAGUCGAAGACCAGCUUGAAGGUUUCAAAAUUCUUUUUUUUUUUUUCAAGACUCAAUUUCAAAGCAUGAGCAUGUUUGUGCUGCUUUUUUUAGAUAGAUGCUUCAAAAAUAGAGCUUUUUUUCUAAUUUGUAUAAUGUUACAAAUACAAUUCGCACUACCGGGUACAGAAUUUUAUGGAUUAAAAAAAAAUUCAAUUUCUAUUUUAUAGUCUGUUCUAGUUUUUUAUCUUUUUAUCAACGUUCAAAAACAUUUUUAAUAUUUUAAUUUGAAAAUAGGUAUUUGAUCUCAUUAUUUAUCGAAAAAAAAGGUCAAAAAUAAUUUUAAAAUGAAGAAAAACAGUCAUGAAUGAGUUAAAAAGAUGGUUCAGGAGUAAUUUUUUUUUUUACUCGCUAUACUCGAUGUGCCAGGAGUGUCUUUCAUGGAACGACACUCCGCUCGGUGGCCUUGUGGCCGUGAAGAAUCAAUGCCUUUGCGGAUCUCGGUCACGCUUUCCCAUUUUAUAGUUUGCCGUUUUCAAAAUUCGAUAAUUCUUUAGUUUUAUGAACUUUUUGGCAGUGCAAUGGACGAAUAAAGUUUUUCGGAAUGCCAAUAAUUUAACCAGGGGAUAAAUAAGCAGUGAAAAACCUUAUGUUGACUGAAACCGAUCUCUCUAUUUCAUAUUGCGUACACGUCUUCAUUUCACUCACUUUCUGAAAAAAAAUCCAUUAACCACUGCAAAAAACAGAUAAAAACGAUGAAAAAAUCAAAACAUACACUUUUUCAACGAUAAUAAUACAUUUUAAAGAGAUAAAACAAUUAAAAAACGACCAAAAUUAGAAUUAAAACAAAUAAAAGUUAGCGUGGUCGAGGUUGGCAAAUUCGCAAGAUGCGCGCUACCGCACAAAUCUCAAAAAGUUCAUAAAACUUAAGAAUUAUCGAAGAAAAUGUAUUUGAAAACGGCAAAUUAUAUAAUGGGAAAGCGUGACCGAGAUCCGCAAAGGCAUUGAUUCUUCACGGCCACAAGGCCACCGAGCGGAGUAUCGUUCCAUGAAAUUUCAACUUGUGGCACAUCGACUAUAAAAGCGAUUUUUUUUUCCGCGGUAUUUCUCCUUUGUCUCAGAAAAAAGCAUGCUCUAUCAAAGUAGUACAAUGAAAUUUAGAAAAACCUAAUAUAGAAAGAGAUUUUUUUGCAGUUUAACCCAGUAGAAGAGGACGUGCCUGAUGUGUCCUUUAGCGAUGAGGUUUGCUUCUAUCCUUUUCUUUCUUUUUCUUUUCUAUUUUUUUUUUUUUCUUUAAAUUUUUUUGACAAAAUAGCUCGUGUGGCCUUAGAAAAAAACAGGGCGUUAAAAAUAUCUAGGAUAGUAGAAAGUGUGCUCCAAGGCUAACUGGGUAAUGUUUAACUUUUCAGAAAUUUUCAAUCCCGAGAAAAUUUUUUUUUAUGUGGAAUACCAUUGGAGCGCACUUUCUCCGUACAAGAACGUCUCAAAUUUCCAAAUUUUGAUUUCCCUUUAAUGGAAUUUCCGUGGAGCGCACUUUCACUGGACAAAAGCGCCUCCAAUUUCCAAUUUUUCGAAUUUUUCUUUUUCCUAUGAAGUAUCCGUGGAGCGCCCUUUCAUUGGACAAAAGCGCCUUCAAUUUCCAAGUUUUUCUUUUUUUUGUGGAUUUUCCUUGGAGCGCACUCCCACUGGUCAAAAACGCCUCCAAUUUCCAAUUUUUUUAAUUAUUAUUUUUUUUUAAUGAAGUGUCCGUGGAGCACGAUUUCACUGGACAAGAGCGCCUCGAAUUCAAAAAUUUAAAAAUUCUUUAUUCCAUUUUAUCUUAAGUUGUCCGUGAAGCACACUUUCCUUAGACUAGUGCGCCUCCAAUUUCUGAAUUUUCCAAUGCUUUAUCCCAUUUUUCUUGAGUUGUCCGUGAAGCGCACUUUCACCGGAAAAGAUAGCCUGCCUUUUUUUUUCUCUCUGUGCUCUUUUUUUCAACGCCUUUUUUAUGGUUCACACCACAAAGGCUAUUUUGUCAUGUGCCUUUUUUAUUGGCCAGAUGUUUAAAUCACAAAUUUUAUUCAUAGAGUGCGGACGUUUCCCGGCACGACGACGAUGAGAGCCAGUACAGCGCCGUCGCUUAUUUCCGGCCCUUCCAGGUUCUUUUUCGAGUUUUUCUGUACCUUCAAACGUUACAAACUUCAGAUUUUCUCUUUUUGAUUCCAAAAUUUUGAAAAUUUCAGAUCAAAACGAAACGCGUCGCUCCCGUGCCCGGCAUGUGGGUUCGAGAACAAGGCGAAGAGUUUAUCAGCAAGAACAAGGCCUUUUAUAGGUAUUUUUGUUGGAUUUUUGUAGAAAAUCAUAAGUUUCAAGGCACAGUUUCCAUUGGAAAACCUUUUUUGUGCAAUUUUUCAGUUGUUGUUUACCAAAGUAGCCACUUUAGGGGAGGUAGUGGCAUUUAUAAGUCUUCAAGUUGGAACAAACGUUGAAAGAACCCUAGGGGUCACUUGAGCUUUAGGAGAUGCCCUUAACCCCUAUAGGGACCACCUCAAUUUUACCCCUAUAGGGAACACUAUUUUGUCCCUUUUUUUCGAUUUUUCAGAUUUCUAUGGUAUUAUCAAGAUUUUAAGUGAAUUUUAGGAGAUUUUUUGAAUUUAGAUAUUUAUUGGAUUAAUUCGGAAGCUUUUUCUGAUCGGAAACAAAAAAAAAACGGAAAAAGGGUCUUGACACGAAAAAAUAAAAAUAAAAUGAAGGUGAAUACGUGGAAACGUAGACAUUGCCACGUGUUUCCUGGGGACAUUUUUAGUGGCCACUAUAGAGGCUCGCCGAGGACUACUUGGAGAGGACACUAAAGUGGCCACUAAACCCACCUCUAGAGCGGCCCCUUCAAUAGUUUCUCAUCCCGUAUUCCUUCCAGUAACUCUGAUAAUUUUAAAACAAACAGAUUGGACCAGUUAUGUUGAUCCAUUGACCCCUAAAGUGGCCACUAAGUGGUCUAGUAGUAGCCCUUAGACCUCUAUAGUGGCCACUAAUUAUCAACCUCUUAAGUGGCUACUAAUUUGACUACUAUAGUGGCUUUUAAAACGUCGAAACCCUUUAUCAAAACCCUAUAGUGGCCACUAAUUUUUAACCCCUUGAGUGGCCACUAUUUUGACUAUUAUAGUGGCCUUUAAAACGUCAAAGCCCUGUAGUGGCCACUAGAAGUUUUCCCAGUUCCGUCAUUUUUUUCAAAAUUUUUCAAUUUCUUCCCCUCGAACUCACCUGGAAACUGUUCAAAAAUGCCAAAAAGCGCCCAUCGCAAUUCUAAUCGUACAAACGGAUCUUCAUGAAAUCGUUUGCUCCGACAGAAUUGUAAAGGGAACUUUUGGGAGGAGCUAUUUUUGGUCGAAGAUGUUGAAUUUCGCGGGCCCGUCAUAAAACGCGAGGUUUUUAUGGGCUUGGGAUGGGAAAAUUGUCCCGAAUCGCACGGUUUUGAAUUCGAACCGGAGAAAAAAGACAUCAUUUUUCGUUAUCAAUGAAACAUCUUUGUUGAAGGGAAGGAUUUAUCAUUUUAUCAUUUUCCGAUUGAUAACAAAUGACGCCCUAAACAAAGGGAUUUUGUAUUUGAAAAUUUUCUAGUCAUCAUUUUAUUGAUUUGUGAAUCAUUUCCUAAUAAGGUAGGUCAUUUUUUGUGCUGGGGAUUUUUCUGAAACUCUCCUUGAUCUACCAGAAGAAAAUUCUAGAAGUAGCAACCUUCAAAAAUUUUUCUAGUUUUCGAGAAAUAAGGGCUCAAAGCCUCAAAAUAGCCUAUUUUUUUAUGUAUUUUUAGUGUUUUUUUUCGACUUCAAGGUGACCUUUCUCAAAAACUAGCAAUUUUUGCAAGUUGAGACUUCCAGAACCUUCUUCUGGUACAUCAAGGAGUGUUCUAGCCGAUUUUUAGAAAAUUCCUAACCUCAAAGUAACUUCCCCCCCCCCACGGGUCCAUAAAAAAGAGAAAAAUAAAAGUUCAUCAGUUGUUUUUCUGCCGGAAAAUCGCGAAGACUGUUUGUUCUUCGCAGAGAAAAAUAGUCUAGUCGGCUUUUUGAUGACGUCAUUUUUUUAACAGUGAAAAACGCAAAAAAUUUUAAGUGGGAAUUUUAAUCUAUCUUCUUUGUCGUGCGUUUCAAAAAUUUGCACUUUUUCGCAAAAAUGCUUAACUUUAUGUUUUGAAGUAGUGCGUAUGGGAUAAUUUACGCAUUUUCAAGCUUUUUUUUCUGGGAAAAAUUUCGCUUUGAGACCGUUUUCUCGCAGUUUUUGAAGCGUUUUGAAAAAAAGCGUUUAUUUCGAAAUUUUACUUUUUUUGUUCAAAUAAGACCGCCUCACGUGGAUCGCACUAAAAUCUGUAUAAAAAUUUUUUUUGCUAGAAUUUGUGAAGGUGCAGGAAAAUUGUAUGACCUGAAAGGUCCUUUGAAAACGCUUGAAGAGGGACUAAUGAAACAUUUCAAAAUUUUCUUCAAGGAGCUUUGAAAAGGGUGAAAAAAGUAGCUUGAUGGAGAAUUUUUUAGUAUUUUCUAAAUUUUUCCGAGGAUCCUUUUCGAGGUUUCGAGGUACAAUUUUCCUCUGUAAAAAAUGAAUAAGCUGAGAUUUAGCUCCAAUUGUUCAAAAAUCAGGAAGUUCUGGAGGUUGAGACUUCCUGGAUUUUUAACUACUACACAAAGAAUAUUCUGACCAAUUUUCAGGGAAAAGUUUCUUUGUAGGGCUUCAAAGGGUUCAGAAGGACCUGAAAAUGGCUUUUUCCUGAUGAAAAUCAUCAAAUUUGUUUUGUCAGAUAAAUUUCGUUAGAUUUUCAGGUUAAACAAAAUUCAAAAAUUCAGAAUUUCCUAAUUUUUCAGAAAGGAAAUCUUCAAAAUUCCUCCGUUUACUACAAUUUUCCUCUGUGAAAAAAUAAAUAAGCUGAGUUUGAGCUCUUAAUUUUCAAAAAUCAGGAAGUUCUGGAGGUUGAAACUUCCUGGAUUUUUAACUACUAAAUAAAGAAAUAUUCUGAGGAAUUUUCAGGGAAAAGUUUCUUUGUAGGGCUUCAAAAGGUUCAGAAGGACCUGAAAAGGGCUUUUUCCUGAUGAUCCCUUGCCAGAUAAAUUUGAUUAGAUAUAUCUAUUCAAAAGAUUUUUGAAACUACUCGAAAAAUUAACCUGGACGUUUUUUUCAAAGUUUUUAACUCACCGGACGUUUCGAAGGGGAGAAAAACAGAUAAACCGAUCAGAAAUAUGGCGUGAACACCUCGAAGGCGUCGCUCUUAAGCGUUGGAACGUUAUCAGCGGGGGACCGUCCCAAUGUGUCAUAUUCGAAAUGUGGGCGUGGCCUUUUGGGCAGAGACUCAGAGGCUUCUCUGAGCUGUUCCCUUUUUUUCCUCUCUUUAUUCUCGCCGCCCCCCGCCCCACCAACUUCCAAUGAUAUCAAGUCUGUUUGCUCGGCCAGAUUCUGUAAGGAUGAGUCAUCUCAGAAAAAAAAAUGGCCAGGUUUUCCCUGAUUAUUCUUUCGAAACGAUGGCUCGGGGACUGGAAAAAAGAGUAUAGUCCGUUUUUUGGUUCGGACAUCCCGGUUCGGCCCGUUUAUCAGCACCUCUGGUAGUAACUAUAAGCAGCACAGAGAGAAUAGAGAAAAAAAUCAAAAAUAUAUUUCGUUCUGGAAAGAACAGGACUUCUCUGCGUCCUCCUCAUCUCUAGACAUCUCUCUCAAGUUUCCAUGCUAUUUCCAUGUUUCUCUGACCUCGCCGGUGAGGAAACAGAGAGACGCAGACAGGCUAAAACUGUCAAGUCGCGGCGGACGGACUAUUGCGAAUAAAAAUAAAGAAUAAGGGACACUUUUUUAAAAAUUCUGAUGAUGACUCACUGAAGACAAAAAAAAAUUUACGAUGGUUUCAACCUUGUUUUUUUUAAGCCCUAGGACCCCGGUAAAGCAACCAGUACGUCUCGGAGAAUUUCUAGUGACCACUUUAGUGGCGUCAGUACUCUUAAGUGAUCCCUAGAACUGCUCGGAAACGUUCGAGACAGAAAAUGAUUUUUUUUUUUCAGACAAGGAAUCUUGAUGGCAUCAACAACAGCUGAAUUCGCUCGAAAUUAUAUUUAUUCACAGCUUGAAACAUUUUUUAAGGUUGUAAGAAACGAAUUUCGAUAUGGCUAGCAAAACGACAAGGGAAUGGCAGAUUCUCGAAAUUUUAUAUAAAUUCCCUCCGAUCGACUUUUUGACUUACAAACUUCAGUGAGAUCCCUAUAGGGACCACUUCACCAACCCCCAGAGUAAACCUAGCAAAAGAGGCCCCUAUAGGGAACAUGCUAGUCGAUAAUUGUUAUGGACUCUAAGCGAAGAAGCAUUUCUGUGGGAAAAACUGAAGGAAUGAGCGUUUUUUGAAUGAAAAUGAGAGACCCCUCCAGGGUCCACUUGAGCUUUAUGGGCUAAGAGAUCAGUCCUUGAACCCCAUAGGGACCACUUCAAAUUUACCCCUAUAGGUGUCCCCGCUAACCCUUAUAGGGACCACUCUGGAAUUCCUAAGAAGUUUGAAUUUUUCGAAGCAAAAAAAGAAAAAAACGGGACACCUUUUGGCAGAUAAAUAUCGAUAUAAAAAAACCUAAAUUUUAAAUUCUUUCAAGGCUCUACUGGUUUCUAAUACUACAAAAAAAUGAAAAAUUCCUGUCUCCAAACGAAUUUUUUUCAGGCAAGAAGAACACGAGAGCGCUUGCGUAGUCCGAUCGAUUCCCCGGCUCGAAUCGGUCGAGAAAAAAUUAAAGGCUUCAGUUCCUGUGAAAAAAGAGCCACAGGAAUCCACCAACGUCAUCAAGAAAUUGGUUGUCAUCGGGGAAUUUUUUCUGACUUUUACUGUCCCUUCAGUUCCUCGGCCGAAAAAAGAAAGUCAUCGAAGCCAGAGAAACGGCCGAGAAGAAGGAACCUGUAAGUCCAGUGGCUUCCGAUGAGAAAAAGGUGUUUUUUGAAAACUGUUCUGAAAGAAUGAAGCGCUUGAACUAUCACUUUUGCCCCCCUGAACUAUUAAGAUGACGGGGGUGUAGGUCCAGAUAUAACUUGGCGCGAUUUCGAAAUUGUCAAUAAUCUCAAGACUCAGUACUAAUCCUUGAAUUAUCACUUUUGCCCCUGCCCCCGUGCGCCUAGGGGGUUAGCCCAGGUAUUUUUUUGCCGCGAAUUCAAAUUUUCUGAAUUUUUUUAUUAUUCUCAAAAAUCCAAUAUUACUUUUUCAGAAAGCAGUUCCAAAAAAAGCAGAAACCGAAAUCGACAAAAAGGUUCAUUUUUUUCUCAUUUUUCCUUCAAAUUAUUAUUAUUUGAUUUUUUUCAGGAGCCUGUAAAGAAAGCUGCUGAGCCACCGAAAGAUGACAAGGUUUUUCAUAUAAUUUUUUUCCAACUUAAAAAGUUCAGAAAGCCCAGCCGGUCAAAAAAAGGUCAUCCCACCAAAAAGAAGAAACAACUCAGGUGUUUUUAUUACUGAAGAAAAUGAAUUUAAAGUUUUUUUAGGCAUCGAAAUCAUUCGCUAAGAAGCCGGCCACAUUCACAACGGAGAAGAUUUUCAAGCUCAAGAUCAGGUUUGAAGAAAAAAUGGUUUUUGAAUGAAAAGGAUAUUUUUUAUGAAGUAUGAGAAAAAUUCCUUUUUCACUUCAAUUAGGAAAAAAGGUUCGAAGUAUUUAUGAAAAGUUCAGAUUUUUAAAGCGCUUUUUAAAGGCGCAGACACGCAGAAAAUGGCUGAAAACUUCUGAUCGCUUCGAGACCUCUUUAUGCCUUUAAAAAAAGUCAAAAAAAGUUUAGAACUUCUCUCAUGCUGGCCAGAUGUCUUGACGGGUGUGCCCGUGUAUUUUAGGUAAUUCAUUCGAGCUAAAACGGGCAAAAACCGGGCACAAGGAGAAACAGGCUACACAGCUGUGGAGCGGAAACGGGCCGAGCUAAAACGGGGCCUGAGCUGUGGCUAAAAAUGCCGAAAUUUCGACCAGGGGUUAGGGUUUUUUAGGGUUUAAUACGGGCGAACCCGCUCACCGGGUUCAAUACGGGCGAACCCACUUGACGGACUCAACACCGGUACACCCGGGUUCAAUACGGGUAAACCCGCUCACCGGGUUCAAUACGGGCACACCCGCUUCACGGGCCCAAUAACGGUACACCCGGGUUCAAUACGGGUAAACUCGCUCAAUGGGUUCAAUACGGGCGAACCCGCUCAACGGGUUUCAUACGGGCACACCCUCUUAACGGGUUCAACACGGGCACACCCGAGUUCAAUACGGGCUCACCCACUUGACGGGCCCAAUAACGGUACACCCGGGUUCAAUACGGGUAAACCCGAUCAACGGAUUCAAUACGGGUACACCCGGGUUCGAUACGGACACACCGCUUGACGGGCUCAAGACGGGCACAUCCGCUUAACGGGUACGGGCGAAACCGAUCAACGGGUUAAAUACGGGCACACCCGGGUUCGAUACGGACACACCGCUUGACGGGCUCAAUACGGGCACAUCCGCUUAACGGGUACGGGCGAAACCGAUCAACGGGUUAAAUACGGGCACACCCGGGUUCGAUACGGACACACCGCUUGACGUGUUCAAUAUGGGCGAAUCUGCUUGACGAGCUAAAUACGGGUACACCCGCUUGACGGGUCCAAUACGGGCACACCCGAUGACAGCGCGUGUUAUCAAGGCUGGUUUAUCAGCGGGAAAGUCUGUUCAAACUUAAUUUUUCAUGUUUUCUAAAAAAUAUCUGCCUAACCUUACUGUGAAUCGAGUAUAAAAUGAAGCUUUGAUCUGAGUUUUUCUCAAAAAAAAAAUCUUUCAAAAGUUAAUGAUUCUCUUAAAGUGUCCCUGUGACCCACGGCAAGAAGAUCAAAGCGAUCCUCCCCCUGAAAACGACGAAUUUGGUGGAAGUUAUGAAGAAACCCGCGGAGAAGCCUGCAACUGCGAGGAAGACGUUACAAGAAAAAAGGUCGGAUCUUUCCAAAUUUCCCUUAUUUUUGUUGGAAUUUCAGUAAGGUUACCAAGAAGGCGUCCCUGAAGUGUAAAGCGAGCAGUUUGGAGAACAUCGUCUCCGAUGAUCACUUCAGACGGAAGGAUUUGCAUGAAAGAGCCAAGGUUUCUUUUCCUGGAACUCAAAGAAAAAAAAAAGCAUUUUACUGGAUUUUCUUCUUGUAAUCAAUUCACGACUAGCUUGAGCACUAUAAAAAGGUCCUGACACGAUAAAAAAAAAAGUAAGUGAUAGUGUAUGGUUAGUGGAGAGCGCAGACAAGCCACGCCCCUCCCAAGCUAGCCGUGAAUCGACUAUACUCCUCCUUGAACGCACCCUGAUAGUAUAGUUUAUUUAAGCGCUCACUCUAGGGAUUUAGAGUUUUUUUUUUGUGCGAAAGGUUAAAAUCUACCGUAACCACAGCUCUCCUGUGCACUUUCGCUUCGAGACCAUUCCAAAAUCUACCAAAAACACAAGUCUCAAAGCGAAAUCUGUAGCAAGGGCUACGGAACUUUGAGAAGGUGAAAAUAGGGAAAAAUGCCUUUUUACUGGUUGUGCUAGUAUGACACGUUCAAGGGAGUACUUAAGAGGCAAUUAAGUCACUUGAGUGAUCACUAAUGGCUCAAAAUCGUCUGAAAGACGUAGUUAUAGAAACUGCGGCGUGAACUCGGACCUCAGUAGCGCAUUUCUAGAGGUCACUUUAGAGGCUUCAGCACUCAUAAGCCUUUCUAGUGGUCACUAUAGUGGUUUCAAAACUCUCCAGCCUUUCUAAUGAUCGCUUAAACGGCUCCAGCACUCUUCAAUAGCUCUAGUGAUCUCUUAAGUGGCAUCAGCACUUUUCAGUAGUUCUAGUGGUCACUUUAGCGGCUUCAGCCCUUCUCUGUAUGUUUAGUGGUCACUUUAAUGGCUUCAGCACUUCUUAGCAUUUCUAGUGAUUACUUUAGUGGCUUCGGCUCUCUUAAGGGAUCACUAGAAAUGCUCUGCGGAGCGUUUUGCGUUACAAACGUCCAAAUAAACUCUUUGAGAGGAAGAAUUCUCAAUGGGGCGCAUUUUCUAGAAUAAAAAAAAAUUCUUCCUAAUUGAAAACUUCAAUGUUCCAGUGAGCACUUUAGUGGCAUCACAACUCAUGUGUACUUCUAGUACUCACUUAAGUGGCUUCAGCACUUCUCAGCAUUUCUAGUGAUUACUUUAGUGGCUUCGGAUCUCUUAAGGGAUCACUAGAAAUGCUCUGCGGAGCGUUUUGCGUUACAAACGUCCAAAUAAACUCUUUGAGAGGAGUAAUUCUCAAUGGAGCGCAUUUUCUGGAGUUAAAAAAAUUUUCCUUGAUUGAAAUCUUCAAUGUUCUAGUGAGUACUUUAGUGGCAUCAGAACACACCUGUACUUCUAGUAGUCACUUUAGUGGCUUCAGCAAGCUUCAGUAUUUCUAGUGGCCAUUUUAGUGGCAUCAGCACUCUUCAGCAUUUCUAGUGAUCACUUUAGCACUUUCGAUACCCUUCAGCAUUCCCAGUGAUCACUUAAGCGGCGUCAGCUCUUCGAAUUACUUUUAUAUUUUCAAAGAAGAAAGUCAAAGUCGUCGAAUUUCAUGAAAAAAAGAAAUUAUCCUCGAAAAACCUUGGAUUUUUUUGCACCGGAUCACGGUAAACAAGAUUUUUGAGCAAUAAGAUUGAGCUCCGGAGCACCGACUCUAACUUUACACCUAUCACGAAACCGAACCUUUUUUUGUUUCUGUGUUUUUUUCCGAGUUUUCAUCGAUCCUCAAGCGUGUGCGAAUCUUUUCACUUUUCCCCGCUCUUCAUCCCGAAAAUUGUCUAUGAUUGACGACUUUGUACCGACCUUCUUGCGUUGUAUUUACGACGUGAGAUAGUUUAUUCUAUUUUCUUGAUUUUUUGGAGAUUAUUUGAAGUUUUAGGUGAUUGUCGAUACGCCGACUAAAGAUGUCAAUGUGGCCCGGGCGAGGCUUCGUUUGCGCGAAAAACGCCGUUCCAUGUUCGUUUUUUUUUUUGUUUUAUUUUUUCGGACCAGUUAUGCUUGAAAUUUAUUUUCAACUAACAAGUAAGGUCAUUUUACUCGGGAAAAUACAUCUUUAAGUUAAAAAACCCCUAAAAAUCCACAAAAAUAAGCUUUUUUUGAGCUUUGCAUCAUUAUUUCUCGAAAACUGAGAAGUUUUGCAAGUUAAGACUUUCAGAAACAUUUUUUGGUACAUCGAGAAGAUUUUUGGCCAUUUUGAGGAAAUUUUGGGUCGAAAAGUAAAAUGACCAUUGUAGAGGAAAAAAAUCGAAAAGAAAAAAAUUCACGAAAUAGUAAUUUUUUUAUAAAACGCCGAUUUUAUUCAAAAAAACCUUCAAUUUUGGAAAAAGAAUUUUUUUGAUUAAAAAUUUUUUUGAAUUUUUCAAGUUUAUUUUGUGAAAUUUUUAAAAUUUCUAAGUCAUGGAAUUUUUCCAAUAAGUUGAAAAAUUUGAAAUUUUAUCAUUAUCUUCUCGGGUUUCAUCUUACCUCAGUUGCGAAAAAAAAAAAAAAUUAAUGAAUUAGUACCUUUUUUUCAGUCGAAAAUUGUGUCAGAAGGAAAAUUGUUCAAAAGACACGUUUUCAAUGUUUUCUAUAUACAACCUGGAUCAAGAAGAACCCGAAAAACCUCAUAAUUUGAUUAAAAUGGAAUGAAAAGUGCUCAAAAUUCACCGGAAUGAUCAGUUUUCCAGAAAUCCUCCAUGUUUAUUGGAACUUGGCUGACACUUUUUUCAACUUUCAUUUUUUAAAAUUUCAAUUUGAGUAUUUUCUAGGCCGGAGAUCAAGGAGAAACUCCCAGAAUUGGCUCCGAAAAUCGAGCCGAUUCCAGUCGAGAUUCUGCCGCCGAGCCGGAUGAGCCAGCGUGAUGAUCAUGUACCUCUUUUUUCGGAAAUCAAUAUAUUUUCUGCCCGUUUUAGUCCCGGUCGAUGUCGCGGGCGUCGCAGUCGCGGGCCGCCGAAGUUCUCGACGAGAUGCGCGACACGGAGGCCGCCGUCGAGUGGACGCGCGACAGCUCCGGGGUCCUACUUUUUUCCCGUUUCAGGAAUUUUGCAUAGGGUUAACCCGUAGCUCACCGUGUCGUCCCGGGCGGUCUGGCCCGAAAUGUUGAGAAAAAAUUACCCAAAAAGCUGGUGAAACAUCGGGACUACUUGCUUUCAGGUCGCCCCUGGGCGCUUAGAGGUCAUUCCGGGUCGGCCCGCCUUUUUAAUCAGUCUCUCCCGGGCGACCCGGCCCGCAAAGUUGAAAAUGAGAAAAAAAAUGAAGCAAAAGCUUAUGAGAACAAUAGCUUUUUUUGACAUUUUGACCAUAUUUUUGGAUCGGGUCUCCCCAGGGCGCCUUGAGGUCGUUUUGGGUCGGCCCGCGUUUUUAAGCACUCCAUGCGGUCUGGCCCGAAAAGUUGAUUAAAGAAAAAAAAUGUUGCAAAAGCUGUUGAAAAAUUGCGAUUAAUGACUUUUUUGACAAUUUGACCAUUUUGGGUCGGGUCGCCCCGGGGAGCUUUGCGGUGAUCCCUGGCCGGCCCGGCCCGCAAAAAGGAAAAUGGGAAAAAAAAGGAAGCAAAAAACCGUGUAAAAUCGGGAGUAAUGGCUUUUUGGGCAGUUUGACCGCUUCGCGGGUCGCCCCGGGGCGUAAUGCGGUCUUCCCGGGUCGGCCCGUCUUAUUAGCAACUCUGAUAUUAACUAUUAAAAGCACAGGAAGAGUAGAGAAAAAAAAUUCUCGGGCAAAAAAGUUUCCAAAUAAAGCUUGAUCCGAGGAUUCCGAAUAUCUGUUUGAAAUCCUACGAAAUCUUCAUUUUUACGAGAAAAUCGCUCAGUUUUUAGAGAAUUCGCCUCGAUUUUUCCAAAUGAGGAAUAAGCAAAAAAAAGAAUAAUCCAUUUUUUUUUGUAGAAAAUGCGUGGAAAAAAAGAACUGUCAGUGAAUUGCAAAACUUUGUAAUAGAUUUUUUUAGAAAGUUUUAUGAUUUUUUUAAAUUUCCAUUUCCAGGAUGAAAAAAAGAGAAACACGAGGGCCUGAUACUGCCAGACAGGUCGAUUCUGGAGGAGUACGUCAAGAGGUUCGUCCCAAAUGAUUUUUAAAGACACUUUCCAGUUUCAAGUGACUUUCAAAAUAGGAAACCGCGGACAAGGGAAGUAAUUGUAGCACUGACGUGUAAGUUCUGAAUUCGCAAUUAUUUUGUCGGAGUACUUCCUGAAAGCCUAAUUAAUUAAUUUUUCAUGGUAUUUUUUUAUUCAAACUUCAAAUUUCCUGAAAAAUGAAUUUCGAAAGUUCAUUUUCACUACAAAAUGAGGCCGGAAAUUGAUUUUUAAAACGCCUGAAAUCAAUAUUUUGCAGAAAAUUUAUUGAAGAAUGCUCUUUUUACUACAAGAAUAGGUCUAAAGUUGAAAAAGAAGGUCAAAAAUCAAAUUGCAACUUAAAAAAAAAUUAUAUCCUCGAACCAAAAAGUUCCCUCAGCUCCUCACAAGAAAGAUCAAUUUAGUUUGCGCUCGGGACUUUUUUGAAAUUUGGCCAGAACACUUAUUCAUGUACCAGAAGAAGAUUCUGAAAGUCCCAACUCGCCCAACUUUCUAGUUUUCGAGAAAUAGGGGUUUAAAGCUGAAAAAUAGCCAAUUUCAACGGUUAGGCGCAAACUUGUUCUGCGCCAUUUGGGUUUAGGAUGAAUUGGAAAAAAAAAUGAGGGUUAGGGUGAAAUUUUCUAUAAAUCAAAUAUGUUGUAGAACACGACUUUUAGGAUUUUUUGAAAAAAAAAACUGAAUAUCAUCACUCGAGCCGUUUUUGAGAUACGGUAGCUUAAAGGAAUAAUUUUAUUCAAAUUUUAAAAAUCUAACAUCUCAUGUUUGCUCACUGUUGCUCACAUUAGAUAAUUUUUCUCAAAAAAAUCAAAACCAGUAUAUGAGGUUGCGGUCCGGCGUUUUUUCUUGAUUUUAUCAAAACCACAAAAAAAUACUCUAUCUAUUGAGCCAAACAUGGAUUAGGCGAAUUUUCCAUCUAAGACCCGAAAAAUCCAAAAAACGUGUAAUUUUGGGUAAAGUUUCCAAUAAACUUUUUUAUGUCCUGUUUUUUGGCUCAAAACUAGCAAAAUCGUGAUCAGCACGCAUUUUUACAUCUACUAGGUCAUUUCCAGAUUUUCUUUAACUUUAAAGCUUUCUUUUUCGAAACCUAGGAAUUUUGGUAGGUUGAGAUUUUCAGAACCUUCUUCUGGUACAUCAAGGAAUCUUCUGGCCAAUUUUCGAGAAACUCCCAACCGCAAAGUAUAUUGAUCUUCUUGUGGGGAAAAAAUAAAGAAAAUCUAUAAAUUCUUAGGAAAAUGACUAGCUUUAUUAAACAGCCCUUUCCAGGUAGAUUUGAUAGAAACUGAAUAAUUUUACAGUGAGAAAUUCAGAAAACGCGGACGGUUGGAACGACAUCGCGCCCAUCGACCGCCUUCCAUUUGCUCGGCGCGCGGUAAUAUUUUUUUUUCUGAAAAAUUGCCUUUUUCUAUCAUUUUCAACAUCUCAAUGGCCUUUUUUCUAUCAUUUUCAACACCUUAAUGAUAAAAAGACACAUUUUCUCUCAAUUUCAGGCUACGAAUCCAGCGGCUGCGACUCGCCGUGCAACUCUACCAUUAGCGAACUUUGCCUCCCAUCUUCAGGUUUUUUUGAAAUCUCCGAUUUUUCGACUUUUCUCGAAAAAUUGUUAAACCACGCAAAAGUUUCAGAGGGGGGAACGAAAGGUGUUCCUAGGCACAUAUGCUUCGUGUUCUUUUAUUUUAGUCUGCCUCAAGCGCUGAAUCAUACUCCGGGAACUCUCGCCAGUUUUCUCACUUUUCUGUUUCAGUUGGGAAGAAUAUUAUAUAUAAGGUUUUUAGCUGGGUUAUAUUUGAGAUUCUUCCUUGAAAAAAUGACUUUUUUCACCUUUUAAGUAUUUUAUUUUAUCAUGACAUGUUAAAAAUUAUCUCUGACCCUCCAAAAUUCAAUUAUCUUUUCCACUCUCUGAUGGUUAUUUUGCUUCUAAAAUCUCAGAAGAACCCAGGCAUUUCAUUAAAAAAGUCUUUGAGAUAAGUUUUUUUUAGUGGCCACUAUAGAGGCUCGCCAAGGACUACUUGGAGAACACUAAAGUGGCCACUAAACCCACUCUAUAGUGGCCACUAUUUUCCGUUUUAGUGGCCACUUCAGUAGUUUUUCAUCCAGUAUUCCUUCCAGUAACUCUGAUAAUUUUAAAAUAAACAGAUUGGACCAGCUAUGUUGAUCCAUUGACCCCUAAAGUGGCCACUAAAACUUUUAGUGGUCCAGUAGUAGCUCUUAGACCUCUACAGUGGCCACUAGUUUUUAACCCCUUAAGUGGCCACUUAAACGUCAAAACCCUAUAGUGACCACUAAAAACUUUUCCAUUAGUCCAAAAGUUUCUCGAUCCCCAAAUUUAUGAAUGGAACAGAUUUUUCUGCAAACCUUGUUUUCCUCGAAACGUACGGAGAAAGAGAAAAGCUCAAGUUUCUGUCAAUUUACUACACGUUUCGUCCUCCUUUCCACUUUUCAGACCAUUGGCUAUGUCACGAAUUGCUACUAGCCACUUUCUGCGAAUUCCCUAUAGUGGCUUCUAGAUGGCCAUUUGAGGGGGCUUUUUUUCAUAUAGGACCUUCCGUAGGGGCUUCUAGUAAGAGAAACUUUUAGUACACCUUCAUGACGGCUUUUUUUCCCCCAUUAGGACCAUCACUACACUGCGUUCAAUAAGGAUAGGACCCCCCCUCGAUUUUUGACUUUUUGGCAAAAUACGGAAAGAUAUCAAAAAUCUUUGAGUGCCAUUCGAUUCAGAGUACAAAAUAACUCCCAGAGCCAAACUUUCAUUAUCCUAGCACUUUUCCUACGAAAAUGCCAUCGAAAAAACGGUUUUUCGACCGUUCAAUAAGGAUAGGACCACCUGGAAACUUUGAAUUUCAUUGGUAGAUUUUGGUCAAUUUCUCUUUUUGAUCAGUGGUUUUUUUGUUCUCAUAUUAAUUGUUUUCAAUUUUUCAACGGUUUUCUUUUCAUAUCUUCCAGGUUUAAAAACAUAUUUUUAUAUCGAAAUAGGGAAAAAAAUGACGUUUUUUUGAGUUUGCAUCAAAAUACUUGAGCCAGUGAUUUUUUCCAGUACUUUCAAUGAACUUAUCUGAUUGACAGAGAUUUUUCAACAUUCAGAAAAACAAAAAGAAGAAUGAAAAACAUUACUUUAAAAGUUUGAAAACCAGUUACAAGAUGGUGUAUCGUGACCGAAUUUCAGACUGUCGUCGUUUUCGACCUGUUUUUUUCUUUCUGUAUGUAGUCGGAAUGGCGGUGUACUUUUUUUUUGAAUUUGCGAAGGUGCUAUAAACAUAAUUCACCAACAAGAUAAUCUAAAAAAAAUUCAUUUACUACCUACAAUGCCGAGAAAAUGUGGAGAGAAAUUGGUACCCGCGCUCAUCGAAGGUAUUGUUUCAAAUAGAGCGUUUGGCGGAUUUUUUUAGUUUGUCAACUAAAUAAAAACAAAAAAAUGAAAAACGUGCAAUAAAAACAAUUUCAAUUAGAAUUAAAACUUUUUUUAUAAUUUAUUUACAUGUACCCCAAAAAAAGUUCGAGUAGCAGUCGGAAGGGUGUUUAUUCCUUUGAUUUCCGAGGAUCGCCAAUUUUUAUCCAAUCCAACUAAAUGUCUUUUUGUGAUGGGAGCACCUCCACAAAUCCUUUGAAAAAAGUACACCGCCAUUCCGACUACAUACAGAAAGAAAAACGGUCGAAAACGACGACAGUCCGAAAUUCGGUCAUGAUACACCAUCUUGUAACUGGUUUUCUAACUUUUAAACUAAUGUUUUUCAAACUUCUUUUUGUUUUUUUGAAUGUUAAAAUGUCUUUAUUAAUCAGAUAAGUUCAUUCGAAAUAAUGGAAAAAAUCACUCGCUCAAAUAUUUUUAUGCAAACUCAAAAAACGUCAUUUUUCCCUAUUUUCGAUAUAAAAUAUUUUUUAAACCUGGAAGAUAUGAAAGGAAAACCGUAGAAAAAUUGAAAACAAAUAAUAUGAGAACAAAAAAACCACUGAUCAAAAAGAGAAAUUGACCAAAAUCUACCAAUGAAAUUCAAAGUUUCCAGGUGGUCCUAUCCUUAUUGAACGGUCGAAAAACCGUUUUUUCGAUGGCAUUUUCGUAGGAAAAGUGCUAGGAUAAUGAAAGUUUGGCUCUGGGAGUUAUUUUGUACUCUGAAUCGAAUGGCACUCAAAGAUUUUUGAUAUCUUUCCGUAUUUUGCCAAAAAGUCAAAAAUCGAGGGGGUCCUAUCCUUAUUGAACGCAAUGUAUAGUGGUUACUUGAUGACCGUUUAGGGGGUACUAUAGGGGUGACAAAGAAGGCCCCUAGGUAUACCUCCUUAGGGACUUUCUUCUACUUCAUGCAGGACCCUCCCUAUAGUGGCCUAUAAAUGACCAUUAAGGGAGUACUAUAGGGGUGAAAAAAAAAGGGGGGGGGGCUCCUAGUACACCUCCGUAGGGGCUUUUUUCCCAUGUAGGACCAUCACUAUAAUGGCUUCUAGAUGAAAAUUCAGGGGAUCCUAUAUGAAUGCAAAAAAGGGGGGGGUCGGUCCUUUAGGGGUUAGGGGUGCAAAAAAAAGGGGGGUAGGGGUCUCCUAGUACACCUCCGUAGGGGCUUAUAAGGUAUAGAGUAGCUUAAUUUUUGAAAACCUUGAAAAUGUCCAAAUCGCAUCCUUUUUUCGAUUUGAAGGAUUCUACUCAAGUUGGAACGUUUAAAGGAGCAUAGACAAAUUUCAUGAAGGUCUCGAAGCGAAAGUUGUGUGUUUUGCUUAUCGACAUAAAGCUCAUGACUUUUGAGCUUCUAAAGGCCUGAGAAAGAAAGGGGGCUUCAUUUGUUCGGAAUACUGAAUGAAAUUUUUUUUUUGGUAUGCUAGAUGAAGGUCUUGAAGCUCAACUUUCUGAAAAAAAAUCUUAAGACAAGGUCAAAUUCAGUUGAAUAGGCCAUUCUCAGGAUUUGAGCCGUAUUUUUUCGAAAACUAGGAAGUUUGAAAAGCGGAAUUUCUCAGAAUCUUCAUCAGGUACAUUGAGGAUUGACUAGUUUUCGGAAAAAUCCGGACUAAAAACAAAAAUUACCAUCCUUCUGCGUUACUCUGCCUUUUUCCUGCUUCAGAUUCUUUUUUUGAUUUUUUCUAGAAUGCAUUUUUAGUUCGUGUGCACGAGCCGUCGCCGCGAGGCGUGCCGAUCAUCACGGCGCCGUCCAGAAGAAGCAGCGUCGAAUCGACGACGCCCGUCCACAUGCUCGACGCCGCGCCCCACGUCUUCAACAACUUCAACUCAACGCCUCAGGGAUUCAACAAGUCCGCCUUAAGUUUAAAAAAAUCGAUGCUCUGUCCGCUUCGAUCAAAUUACCGUUUAUACCAUGGUAGAAAACAGUUUGCUACUUUGAUACGAGGAUAGUUCGAAUCUGAUAAAUCAACUGCCAAGAUCAAUAAGGUGCCAAGAAACCACAAGUUGAGACUUUUUCCUUCUUUUUGGAAUUUUCUCUUGAAAAUUGAUGAUUGAUAUCCUGUCAGCUUUCAUCAUUAACUACAACAAAAAAAAAUUAAAAUUAAUUACAUUGAACAUGACGAAAAGUUUUUUUCAGCUGUUCAAUUCAUUCCAAUUCAAUUUAUUCAGACAUCAGAGAAAUCCGAGCUAAAAGUGUUCUGGAUCAUAGAUUUCCUGAUUAUGGAAUGCAUAGAAUAGUUUGGAUCGAACUAAUUUUUCAACUUUUCAUGAAAUUUUAAACUUCCAAGCCUUUUUUCAGAAACGUCGCUUCCCGGCUACAAAUCGCCAAGCCAAUCCAAUUCGACGCACCCAAGUCACCGUUUGAGGUACGUUCAUAAAUCAAAACAGAGAAAUACCGUAAGCACCGCUUUUAUUUGCUUCUUCGCUUCGAGACCCUUCAAAAACUGUGAAACGGGUCUUGAAGCGAAAUUCGUUUUACGUGACUUGGGACUUAUCUGCACCCUCCUCGUCUCUCGGCGACCCUCUCAUGUUUUCAUGCUUUUUUCUCGUUUCUCUGACCUCGCCGGUGAGGGAAAGAGAGACGCAGACAAGGGUCAAGUCGCGGUAGACGGAUGAUUUUUAGCUGAAAAAAAUAUUUUUUUUUUUAGUAGCACCCAAACUUUUCCAGGAGCGACUUCAACAGCAGGCGAAUCGGAUACGAAAAUCCUCAGUCGCCUCGACGCUUUCCGUCAAUUCGGACAAUGAGGUUGGUCAUAACCAUACAUGGGCAGACCGUAUUCAAAGGCCGUCACCUUCUCCUGCCAAGUUUUUCUAACUCAAAGUAUAUACUUCCUCCCUGAGGCUAGAGCUUGUUUUAUUAUGGUCGAAACUGCCUUCCGGAGGUGAAAACUUGAUUUUCUUUUCCUUUUCCCUAAUUUUCCAAAACUUUCGAGGCCAACCCCUUCUCCAGUAUGAGUCCUGUAUUUGCUCAUCUAAGGUCAUAAAAUAGUACUGUUCGAAAUUCCAUGCUCAUCUACCUUUUUUUUUUGAAGUUUUGAAGAGAAAGUAGGAUCACUCUCCUGCAAGUGGGACAAUUAUUUGUUUUUUUUUUCUCGUCACUCUCCUUUUUUUCUCUAUUUUCACUAUACCUUAACCAAAAAAUUGAUUUAUGGACCGAAAACAAGAUUGAAAAGCCUCAGACUUGUCUCAAUUAUUUCUUGUAGGUUAACCCAGGGCUGUUGAGGGUACACCCCGGGACCACCCGCAAGUUCAAAAUUUAGAAAAAUAAGUGAAAAAACCAACUGGUGGAAUAUUAAGAAAAAUUGGUUCUUUCAACAAUGUGACCGUUUUGCGGGACGGGUCAGCCCGGGACGACCCGUCAGCACCUGAGGUGGCCCAAAUUUUGAAGAAAAUUUCUAGUUUUCCUCUCAGCCAGGUGUCUCAAAGGGUGUACCCGCAAUGAGCCCGUUUUUUUAAUGCAAUUCGAAAUUCAGCUAAGCUAAAACGGACGAAAAACAGGUAAAAAGUGUUCGUUUCGAAAACCUGGGACACAAAUGGGCUAAAACGGGGCCUCAGUUGUUGUAAUAAAUGUCAAUGGUUCUACCAGCUGGACUUAAUACGGGCACGCCCUAUUACCGGGUUAAACACGGGUACACUCGCUGGAAGCCCGUAUUAACACGGCUGGUCUACCAUCAUCAAUAUGAGAUUUUUAGCAGAUUAUCAAAAAUAAGCGCAAAACAGGUGUUUUGAUCAGAAUUUCACACUUUUUUGAAAUGAACUCUAGUCUCAUCCCCUUCAUUUACAGUACCCCAAACUCAUUCUUUGUCCCCCUCUUAGCAGGGUUACCAGUUUUGCGUGAAAAAGAUUCCUCCAUUCAAAUUAAUCGGGGCCGCCUUUCGUAUAUUUAUUAUGUGCGGGCGGAGGACGGGGGGCGACAAAGAAGAUUUGCCAACAGUGAAACAUUUUCUCCGAUUCGACGCGACUUUUCAGGUUUCUCAUUCAUCUUCUAAUGACUUUUUGAGUUUUGGGCGUUUUUUCAUUGCCUUUGUCUCGAAUAAGAUGUCUGAAAUAAUUUUUUAGCUUGAAUUUUUGAACUUUUGAUUAUAAAUUGGGUACCUAGAUGUGAUUUUUUUUUUGCCUCAGUAAGGUUAGUUUUGAACUCUUAUCAUGUUCAUCUGACUUUGAAAUCUCGAAAAGUCUCCAAAAAGUCUGUACUGUUCCAGGGCAAUUUAAGGGCGUUAAUGAAUAAAGUUUUGAAAAAAUGCUCCGAAAAACAGACGGAAUAGAUUUUUAAGGAGGAAAAUGAAAAAAUAAAAAUUUUUUUUGAAAAUUUACACAUGUAAAGUCAAGAAAAAUGAGAAAAUUUUCCGGGUGCUUGAAUAGAUUCAAAAUAGGGUAUUCUCAUGUUUCUACGCUCCAAAACUCGAAAAACGAAAAACACGAAGAUUCCCGAAAAAGAAAAAAUUGCAAAAAUGCUUUGCACAGCGUGGGGACCGAUCCCGUGACCUCGCUGAUGCCAUUACGCAGCUUUCCUACUGCUCUUCGCUGCCAUAGCCGUUCAAAGCCUCCGAGUCGGAACAAGACAUCGCGCGCUCGUUUCCUUAUUCUACAGGAAGCUUCAAAAAAAAUCAUAUCUAUGCUCAAAAAUAAUUGUUUCUCUGUUAUUAAUGGGACUGGAUCUGUACACCCUCCAAAAAGGAGCUCAAUCGGAGAAAUUGAAUUUUUCGACUUUGAGAGUCCCUAAAUUCCUCUUGAUCAACUUUUGAGCACAGAUUCGAAAAAACUGCAACUAGUGACCCUAGCCUCAUUCAGAAGUCCCACUGUGAGGAAAUUUUUUAUCAUUUUUCUCGAAAAAUUUCCAACCCCUGACCCAUAUUUGGCGUUUAUACGACAGCAUCGCCCUGCGGCAAUAAAGCGGUUUUACGACGGUCACCUUAUGUAAAUUCUCAGAUUCUCGGUGGUUGGAAGUUGUCGUGUUGAAUAAGAAAGAGAGGGGAGAGAGAGGGAAUGUCGACAACAGACGCGCGCUUUUGAGCCGUAAACAUUUCCGAUCGCGGUGCAUCUGCCGGAAACCCCCCUCUGUCACAAUAUAUAGCGACAUCGAGGCUACAGUUUUGAGUGAAAAUGCUCUAUUUGGGUUUGGAGGACUGCGAAAAGCUUCAAAUUGAAGUUUCUUUCUACUAAAGUUCGAGUGGAAUCACUCUUUUUGGGUUUGGAGGACUACGAAAAGCUUUGUAUGAAAGUUCUACUGCUACAGUUUGAGUGGAAUUGCUCAUUUCGGGUCUGUAAGGCUGCAAAAAGCUUCGUAUGAAAGUUCUACUGCUAAUGUUUGAGUAGAAUCGCUCUAUUUGGGCCUAGAAGGCUAGGAAAAGCUUCGAAUUGAAGUUUCUUUCUGCUACAGUUUCUGUAGAUUCGCUAAAUUCGAGGAAAGCUGCAAAAAGCUUUGACUAAAAUUUCUUCCAGCUACAGUUCGAGUAAAUCCGCUCAAAUUCGGCCGGGAAGACUAGGAAAAGCUUGAACUGAAGUUCUUUCCUCGAUUCUGUAGGCCUAGAGAUUCGAAAAAUCGGCUUCAUCCCUGCCACUGGUGCGACAUCAAGGCUACAUUUUGAGUAGAGUCGCUUAUUUUGAGCCAGAAAGACUGCGUAAAGCUUUGAAAUUGAGUUCUCUUCUCGAUUCUGUAGGCCUGGAGAUUCAAAACAAAGCGGAAUUAUCCUUGCCAACGAUCGCUACAGUUUGAGUGGAAACGUCCAAUUCGGACCAGGAAAGUCAAUCAGGAAAAGCUUGAAUUAAAGGUUUAUUUCAGCUAAAGUUUGAGUAGAAUCGCUCAAUUCGGGCCAGGAAGCCUGCUAAAAUCUUUGAUUUGAAGUUCUUUCCUCGAUGCUGUAGUCUGAAAAUUCAAAAGUAGUAGCUUGAUACUGGCGCGACAUCGAGGCGAAAAUUCGAGUCUAUUCGCUUUUUUCCGGGGUCAGAAGGACUGCGAAAAGCUUCGAAUUGAAGUUCUUUGCGAAAAAUUUUUGCUUCAAGAUUCAAAAAAACCGCUUUCUCCGUGUUCUCAAUUUUCUCUGGACUAAAAAUAAGCUCUUCGAUUUAUUUUUCAAACCGAAGCGCACAAAAUACUACUAUAAUAGCGACAGUUUGAGUAAAAUCGCUCAAUUUUGGCCAAGAAGCUGCGAGAAGCUUUGAAUUGAAUGUCGUACGCUUUAAAUUAAGCUUAAAAAUGACAUUUUUCGAAUCACAUUAAUCCAUGAAACUUCCCAGUUUUGAUCCAAGACUUCUGCUUGAGAGAGUGAAAAAUGAAAAGAACAAAACAAGUCGUUCUAAAAGCUACUAGAAGCUUAAAAAUGAACAUUUGCACUGGUAGGACCUUUGAAGUUUGAACGGAUUUUCAAAAAAUUCUGACCAUCACUGAAAACCUCCAUUGUAUAGGCCUUUUUUCAAUGGCUCAUUUUAUUCGAAAGACCCGAUUUUCGAAGCUCUUUUUGAGUUGGAACUGAUUUUCAGGAAGUUCUGAUCUCUAUUGUGAAGUCGUUUUUCAAUGGCUCAUUUCAUUUGAAAUAUCCGAUUUUCACAGCUUCAUUAGACCUAAAAAGCCCGUUGGUUCACUCGACCAACCUGUCGAGCACAAAGUGCAAGCAAAAGCAAGCACUCACACGGUGAGCUGAGCUCACGCCAAGCCAGAAAGUGUAAAGCUUCUGCCGUCCGGCGCGGCUCUCCCCCCGGUGUCGCCCAGUUCAACCGAAACUUUCCUGAAAACCACGCCUCUCUCCGCACUUCUCCUAUUUUUAAUUCACUGCUUUAUUCCAAUUAAAGUCAUCGAAAAUUGCGACGACACUCCGGAUUUCGGCUCCGCCCCCUCGCCAUUAUAACGCCAUGGCGCGCGAUUAUAUGGUUCUAAGGGUGAGAAUUUAUCUUUUUCCAAUUUUUCUUUGUUGUUUCAAGGUGACUACUUAUUUUCCCAGGUCUUUGGAUUUAUUUCUGGAGUUCUCUGAAUGUAUUGAACAACUUGAGGCUUAACGGCAUAGGGGCAGUAAAAACGGUGUUUCAGUUCAAAGCAGUACUUUGUAGAGUUUUUCAUUGCGAAUCGAACGGUGAACUUGGAAACGUACAGAAGUUCCUAGUUUUGGAGAAAAAAUAAUUCAAAGUCAGAGAAAGGAUAGCUUAAGUUCCCGCGAAAAGGGCGCUUUGCAGUAAAGUUGCUCUAUGGACAACAGGCUUCGCCAUUUUUCGGAUUUUCGCUUUUUUCUUCGUUUCUUUCAAUUUUCAUUUUUUUUUCUGCUGUCACCAAAGUUUUUUUCGUCACAAAAGCUUUCUAUUUAUGUAUAAUUUGCAAGCUUUGAUCACAAAAAUGCUUUUCUGGUGAAAAAUGAUGAUUUUACACAGGUUUCAAUCGGGAUUGCGAUAUUUUGUGUUCUCUUUAUUAUCAAUGAGUGUUUUCUGUUUGACUAAAUGAUUUUUCAGAAAAGAAACCCUUAAUUUGAAGCAGAUAUCCGGUUAUUUCUCACAAAAUGCGAGUCUAAUGAGACGUCCGCAACAUCGCGUGCACAGCUACUGUAAUCAGUUGUCUGCAUACCGAUCCAAAGCUUUUUUCAAAAUUAAAGGCGGGAAUGUAAAAUCGCGUUUUUCUUCAAAAUUAGUCACAUCUGUAAUUUUUUGAUAACAAAAUUCGAUUUGCAAUGAAAAAGUAUAUAAGAUACUGCUUUCACCGGAAACCCCGUUUUUUACUGCCCGUAUGCCUUUAAAAAUGGAUUUUUUCAUUGGUGUCUUGAAUUUUUAUCACUUCAAACUUUUUUAAUAGCUAUAUUUUUAGACGUUCCUUGUUGCCUUUAGCGUUAUUUUUUCUUAGUACGUCAAAAUUUUGAUAAAAAGCUUGUUUUCUAGAAUCAUUCGAAAAACAAUUAAAAUAAUUUUUUUUCAUUUUUUUCUCAAUUUGCAAGCGAUUUUUCUCAAAAAUAAUAAACUAACUUCUAGAAAAAUUGGCAGGAAAAUCCUCUCUGACUGAAAAAAUGAGCUUUUUCUCAUCGAUUUUACGGCGAGAUUUGCUCUUUUGAUCUGCCGACUUGAAGGGUCGCGAUCGCAAAAAGACACUUAUCUCUUGGUUUCUGACAUUUUUCCAGGUAAAAAAAUAAUCAUGGACUUUAAAAUUAUUGCUUAUAAUAUAAACUUGGAUGAUGAUGGCUUUUUUUCCAAGGUUCUGAUAAUUUUAUUACUUUUUUUUCGCAUUUCAAAGUUGGAAAAUGGUUUUGGCACUUUGUAGUUUCUUCACGAUUGCAAUGAUUUUGAGAUUAUUUCAAUUGAAAAAAUCAAAUAUUCGAAAAAUGCACAAGCAAAACUACCUGGUUUUUAAAAAAAGGACACCUUAAAGUCGAGGAAAACCCUCAAAAUUCGUUAAAAUAGGCUAUUUUGAAGCUUCAAGCCCUUGUUUUUCGAAAAAUAAAUAUUUUUUUACGUUGAAACUUUUAGGGCCUUUUUGAAGAAGAAAAAAGUGUUCUGACUGAUUUUUGAUAAGAGCUCGAACUCAAAGAAAAUCAUCAAAAUCCGUUUGAAAAGAGGUGUUUUUUGACCUGGAAUCAAUUUUAUUUUCUUGAAAACUAAGAAGCUGGAGUAAGUUGAAAAUUUCAUUAUAUACUCUAUUUUGUGCAUUGAAGUACAUCCUGGUCAAUUUUAAUAACAUCUCCAAAUUAAAUAAGACCAUGAAAAAGUCGUUUAAAAAGGCUUUUAAAAAAUUUCGCAAGUUGAGACUUUUUGGUACCUUUUUUUCUAUGCAUCAAAGUGCAUCCCGGCCAGUUUCCAGACAUUUCUCAUAGUUCUUUGACAGAAAAACAGACUUAAAUUUUCAAGAAAUUCUCAGAAAACUCUCAAAAAUCUUCCCAAUAAAUGUCUCAUUAAAUAGCGCUGCUAUUCCGAUUGGGAAACGUAGGAGAAGGCGGAAAAGCUGGCCCGCCUGAGCUCUUGUGACCACACGACGAGUGCCUCAGGCGGCUGUUUUUGUCGGCUUCUCCUGACCCGCGGCGCUAUUUCCCGAGCGGCUCAGUCUUGUGACAGAUCAUUUUAUCCGUCAUUCCAUCUGUUUUAAUCGAUCCUUGAUAUGAGUCGAAGGCUGAUAGAAUUUGGAUUUUUCUGAGAUUUUCUAAAAAAAAAAAACAAAAAAUUAGCUCACAUCUUGGUAACGGCAACUGGACGUUUCUGAGAAAUUCUAGGGGUCACUCAAGGGUUCUGACGCCACUUAAGUGGUCACUAGAAAGGUUACCAAGGUCCUAGGAGCUCCCUGAAAAAAUCUGAGAAUGAUCACUUAAGGGAUUUUUUUAAAUUUUGCAAAGACCUCAAAAAUCUCGGAAAAAAGACGAAUUUCCUUAAUUUUUUCUCUUUAGUGAUCACUUAAGUAAUUUUUUUUUAAUUUUCGAAAAACGACUUCCCCAAAAAAAUGCUUCAAAAAAGCUAUUUUCAGAUUUUUUAGGAACUAAGAUCAUCUUUUUUACUGACCCUUCUGAUAAAAUGGUAAUCCAUACGACCCUUGAGAACCUAUUUUUUCCCCUCGAUGCCCUUCUUUUUGUUUUCCCUUGAACCGAAGUCCCCCUAACCAACUUUGCGGACUUCAAAAAGCUCAUUUUGUUGACGAAAAUACCUCUUUCCCGUUUCCGUGAUCUUGAAUUUCGUCCCGAGGUUUGAUGUCGACAGAAAGCACGAGUAAUAAUGAUUGAGCGAGACGAAACGUCUGUCUUGAUCCUCUGUUUCUGUCAUAUGAGUCGUCAAAGCUUCUUUUUCACUCUUCUCGGGAUUUUUUUAUUAUAUGCGAAUCUGGGAAAAUUUUUAGUGGCCCCUAUAGGGUUUAGGCGUUUUAGUGGCCGCUAUAGUAGUCAAGUUAGUGGCCACUUAAGGGGUUAAAAAUUAGGGGCCACUAUAGAGAUCUAAGUGCUACUACUAGACCUUUAAUAUUUUUCGUGGCCACUUCAGGGGUCAAUGGAUCAACAUAACUGGUCCAAUCUGUUCUUUUUGAAGUUAUCAGAGUUACUGGAAGGAAUACUGGAUGAAAAACUACUGAAGUGGUCACUGUAGUGCCCUCUCCAAGUAGUCCUUGCCUCUAUAGUGGCCACUAAAAAUUUUCCCAGAUUAUUCAUUUUUGAGAGCUUUUCAGCAGCUUGAAGGUCAAUUUCCGAAAUUAAAAAAAAUAAUAGUUGAACUUUUUUCCAGAGCUUCGCUGGUUUUUAAGAUCAACUCCAGAAAGUUCAACCUACUUUUUAAGGUCAAAAACUAUUGAAUUAUUUUCCAAAACAUUUUUUUUCCCUCGAGAAACGUUCAAACGCCCUUUUGAAAACCUAGAAAAAUACUGUUGGGGGCAAAACGUGUCUUUGAGAAGGUCUAUUUUAGCAACAAAGUUUUUGGUAUAGUCAAUGUUUCCCGAUUUGAAAGGCGAGGGAGGCGGGGCAGGGGGCGGGGCGCGUAGCGUGUGCGUACGCGGUUCUUGGCACGUGUUCAAUUCAACCGCCAUCGACUCUUUGAAAAGCCCGUUUUUCGCUCUUUUCAUUCCUUUUUCAAUUAUUUAUUGAUUAUGUUUAUGUGUGCAUCAAAAAAAUAGUAGGAAAAUAGAAAAAGAGCGGUUGCCGAGCUUUUUUAAAGAGUCGGCGGCAAUUGAAUUAGACUCGUGCCAAGAACCGCGAACGCACACGCUACGCGUCCCGCCCCUGCCCCGCCUCCUUCCCCUUUCAAGUCGGGAAACAUUGACUAUAAAGAAUCGAGUAUCAAAGUAUUUAUGAAAAAGGUCUAUUUUAUGAUUUUGUUGAAAGUGUAUUAUGACUUUCUCUUUCCAACUUUUUUGCUGCCUUUUCGCGCCAUUUCAUCGGCUUUUAUGCACCAUUUUUGCUGCCUCUCCCUUUUUCCACCCUUUCUUGAGCCUUUGAAAUCCCAAAAAAAAAUGGAAGCCUCGAUAAAGGGACCCUUUUUGCUGCCUUUUUGCAACCUUUUUGGAGCCUCUCCUUUUUUUGCGGCCAUUAUCCACCAUUCCGACUUUGCCCAAGAAAAAAUCAUCCCUUUUCUUGUUUCGAAGCCCCCGGUUAACAGUAAUGUCAACCGGUCGGAUCUAUUUUCAUUCCGUGGAGUGCUUUUUGCCGACGUCGACCCGGCGUGAACCAACCCCAAACAACGAAAUGUAUCCGUUUGUUCACUGGGCGCGUCGUUUUCCCCCCGAUCCUCGUCAUUUUUUUUCCCGACAAAAGUCACAAUGAUCUCAUAUCAUUCUUUUUUGACUUUGAAAUCUGAAAAAAAAUGGAAAUUUUUCAGGGGCGCGAUCCAUCUCCACGUCGCGGAUCUCAGGGCGAGGGUUCGUUUUUUUUUCGAAUUUUUGGGAUUUUUUGAAUAAUAUCGGUCGUUUUUUAUUGGAAGUUGAGCAUUAUUAACUCACCAUUUACUUUUUAAGAAAAAGUGAAAAAAAUUACCAAAACUUCCGUCAUAACUUAAAAAAAUAUAAAUAAUUCAAUAUUACCUUCAAAAUAUGUUCUUUGACAAGUUUUAUUUUAUAUUUCUUGAUUAUUUAAAAAAAAUAACCAGUUUUUUGGAUUUUAGGGUGAAGUUUUAGCGAAUAAUGGUUAAAUUAGCUCACGAAUUCAUUUUUUUCUUUUUUUAAUAAAAAUUUAAAAUUAAAAACUUUUUUUAUAACUUUUUUUAGUCAAAAAUUUUUCUUGUUUUUUUAUAAACUUUCUUGUCAAAGUGGCACUUAAUUUUAAAUAUUCUCUAAAUUUUACAGACCUGAAGGUUUAAAAAAACGAAAAAAAUGAAUUUUUUUAACUUUUCUAGCUUUUUCCCAAGAAGAAAGCUGAUGCAAGAGGACCGCUAAAAAGAGCCUUAUAGGGUCUUGACUCUUUUUUCGAAGGAUAAUAGGAAUUUUUGAGGAAAUCAAGAGGAAAUUCGGCUCUUUUUUUGAAGGAUAACAAGAAUUUUCCCCCAAGAAAUCAUUUCCAGGUAUGGGCACGAUCAGCCAGCAGUUCACGAACGCGGCGGCGGUGAACUCCCAGCCGGCCGGCCGGUACGCCGCCCACAUUCCGGUCAACCGGGCCGAAAGCAGCGGCCGAGCCAGCGCCACCAGCUUGGACAGCGUUCAGAGGUUCGGUUCCUUCCGAAAAAGGAGCAUUCGAGAAACAGAAAGGGAUAAUUGGGGGUCUAGAGAAUUUUCAAAGGGUUAGGAUUUGAACUUUUGAUGAAAUUUUCAGGGUACCCUGCUGGUGACUUUUUUCGAAUUUUAGUAUGCCUCAAAGUUUUUCAACUGAUAGUUUAUCGAAUGGAAAAAGAUUUUCACUGCUUUUAAUGCAGUUUUGAGCUGACUGAAGGAGAGUCAUGAUGAGUAUCUUGAUGUCCAUUUUUUUAAAAAAAUGAAAAAAAUUUAAGAAUGCAUUUUUUUAAGUGGACUUUUUUUAAUAGUUUUUUUCCGUAUUCUAUUCAAAGUUCUGAAAAAAUCUGAUAUUUAUGCAACGCUCUCUUUUUCAAGUGCUAUUUUCAUUUUCCUCUGACCCCGUCGGUGAGGGAAAACGAGACGCAGACACGUCAGACUGUCCCCUAUCUUGACACUGCUUUGCCCCCUAUAGGGGUCACUCUGGCUUUCAAAAAAUGGCUAUGCUAUUUUUAUAAACCUUCUUCGAAAGAAGAAGGAGCUUUUGAAAACCUGCCAUAAUUAUUUUUAGGUUCCAUUUGAAAAAGAAUUUCUAGAGAGCUGACCAAUAUUUUUUUUGAGAAGAUUUUUGGAAGUGUUUUGGUGAAGCUCUACCUGAGUGCUUCUCUAGCAGUUGUUUCAAAAAUCAACUGACAAAGGUCGAAUCGUGAGGAUCACAUGAAUCCUGGCCAAAUCUGUUUUUCAUUUCGAAUUUCUUUUCAGCUUCAGCUCCUUUCUUUGACUUUUUAUAUUUUAAUUUUUAAUCUUGUACAGUAGACUUCUGUUUGAAAAAUAUGAUAUUGUGCUUCGAAGAAAAAAAUUUAUCUUAAAACUCGAGAUUUAGAAAUUUUUUGACCUUGAGUAAAAGCUGAAAAAUGUUAACUUCAAUAUUUUUGAGCGUUCUCCAAGUGCCUUCUCUUUGAAAUCAGAUAUUUUUCUUUAGAAAACGAAAAAAAUGAUGUUCAGUCAUUUUUUUAUGUGAGCUAGAAUUUAGGCAUUUAGAAAAUUCAUGACCUUAAAUGGAGCUUAAAAAAAUCGCUUUAAACUUGGUCUUUCGGUUCAAAAAAACGUUUUUUUCAAGUUAAAUAUUCAUUUUUGAUUAACAACAUUUUUUUAAGAAAAAAAUUUCAUAAUACUACUGGGAAAAAUUUAUAUAGAGGCCCGCCAAGGACUACUUGAAGAGGACACUAAAGUGGCCACUAAACCCACCUCUAUAGUGGCCACUAUUUCCCGUUUUAGUGGCCACUAUAGAGGUUCUCUAUUUAGUGGCCACUUUAGUAUUUUUUCAUUCAGUAUUCCUUCCAGUAACUCUGAUAAUUUUAAAACAAACAGAUUGGACCAGUUAUCUUGAUCCAUUGACCCCUAAAGUGGCCACUAAAAUGUUCAGUAGUAGCACUUACACCUCUAUAGUGGCCACUAAUUUUUAACCCUUUAAGUGGCCACUAACUUGACUACUGCAGUGGUCACUAAAACGUCAAAACCCUAUAGUGGCCACUGAAAAAGUUCCCAGUUUAGUCGAGUUUCGUAACACUUUUUUGCGCGUUUUUGAACCAAUUUUUAAUUUUUCAGACUUUUCCUAGAACAUUUCAAACUUCACCAUAGAUCACCUUCUAAAAAAAAAGCUGUAGUUCUUUUGUUUUUCUCUCCAUUUUACUGUGUGACUCAGCCAAGAACUACACACCGAUGGAAAAAAAAGAAGUCUGGCUGUUUUUUUUUGUGUUAUCUUUCCCACUUGAUGAGUUGCUCAGCAAUGUUGAUUUAUCGGCGGGGAGACGCUUGUUUUUUUUUUCUUUUUCGUUUUCUGCAAUGAUCAAAGGGUUCGUAGAGCAGGGUGAAUGAUUAGAGAUCUGGAUGGAAAAUCGUUUUUUUUUAUAACUACUUAUAACUAUUUAUUUCAUUACCGUAUGCAGUUAAAAAGCCUAUUAUUAUAGCCACAUUCAAAAAUAAAAUUUUAUUUUGGCUAAAAAUGAUUUUUUGAGGGGAUAAACUACAAGGAAGGUUCACUUUUCGGCUCGGAAUUUUUAAAAAUCGACCAGUUUACUUCUUGAAGUACUAGAUGAAAAUUUUGAAAGUCCCAACCUGAAAGAAUUUUUUUAUUUUUUUCGAGAAAAGAAAAUUGAAAGUUUAAAAAAAUUCCUCUAUGAUUUUUUUGAAAAAGCUUAUUUCGAGCCCAUUCAUCAGAAAUCGAAAAAAAUUCCCAAAUAGGGAGUUUGAGGAUAUUUAUUUAUCCCUUUGAAGUAGUUUCUUCAAAAAAAUGUUGAGACAGAAAAAAAUAUUCAUUUUCAGCAAUUUUCAGUGAAUUUUGACGAAAAAAACGAUACGAAACCUACUAGAAAAAUAGAAAAACUUGAAAAAUUUGUAUGAAAAUCUGGUUCAAUUCAAAAAAAUAAAGUUUCCUUUAGAUACAAUUUGAAACAAAUUUUGAAUGAAUUUUUGAAGAAUUUAGUCAACUUUCAAAGCUGAACAUCUUCUCCCAAUUUUUUUGUAAUGGUACUAUUUUUUCAAAAAACUUCGAAAAUUUACCCUUUUUGGUCGUUUAAAAGUUUUCGAAACCGUAUAAUCCCUCAAAAAACCAGUUUAAAACACCUCGGAAGAUUUUCUUUCAUCUAGGUAGAUCCGUGUUUACACGGGGCUAAAAUAACUGCUUGCGCACACGGUUUUUUUUCGUUCUUUGCGGGAGCCACUCGACCUUGUUCUCGAGUUUUGCUUUGGUUUACUUGUAGUUUUGCAAAUUUUACUUUUUUAUAGAAUGUAGAAAAAAGGCUAGAUUUUUGGACCUAUGGAUAGAAGCCAUUUCUCAAUUUUCAAUUUUAACAUCGAAAAUCUUGUUUUUUUCUUUUUUGUCUUUUUUUUUCCAAGUCUUUUUUAGCCUUCUCGUAAUAGAAAUAUAUCCAUAUUGAUCGUUAAAAAGGCACAUAAAAUUUUAAAAAAAAUUCAAAAGCUUGGAUUUUGUUGUCGAAGAGUUAAUUGGGGCUUUAACCCGUGUUGAAAAUAAACAUAAAAAAAUUUUUGGAGAGGUCUUAGAGUUUCUUUUUUGAACUGAAGUGGUAAAAGCGUGUUUUUUUUUCUAAAACUCUGUUUUAAUUUUCCAAGUUCACUUGUUGUUUUGAAAUCAAAUUAUACUUCUUUCCUUGGCUAUUUUAUCAUAUGUAGUGAUAGAAAAGACUUUUUUGAGUUUCCGAUCUCGAUCUCGAGAUUUUGAACCAUGAUCUGAAAAAUCUUUUCUGUGAAUUUGAAUUUUUUUUUUCCUCGUUUGAAAGCUUCCCAGCAAGUAGUCAAACGCUUUGCACAUAGCUUUCCAACACCUUAUACUUAAUAGAAAAAAAGCCUACUGGAAGCUUUCCUGAAAUAUUUUAGGCUCCGGACAGCCAUUUUCCAUUUUUUUUUUUGUCUUCCGAACACCUUCCCAAGGUCUUCUCAAGACCUUUUAGCUUCCACUCACCUUCCAACCACUUGCUGGUUAUAGUCUGUUCAGGUUUUGAAUGUCAAGUCGUCGCUCAAGCUCCGCCCAUAAUGGUGCAAUAAACCAAUCAGAGAGCGAGCCAUCCACUGAGUGUUUUUGAAUGACGUCAUUGCACUUGACAUUAAAAAUCUGAACAGACUAUACCUUCCCAACAGCUUCCCAGGUUUCGCCUGAGUAUCACAUAUUGAAACUAGUGCUAUAGUCUGUUCAGAUUUUUAAUGUCAAGUGCAAUGACGUCAUUCAAAAUACCCUGUGGAUGGCUCGCUCUCUGAUUGGUUUAUUGCACCAUUAUGGGCGGAGCUUGAGCGACGACUUGACAUUCAAAAUCUGAACAGACUAUAGUUAACAAAUUAGUCAUAGUUAAGAAGAACAAAUUGUCCUCCAAGAAAAACGUAAAGAAGCGUCGAUUUUCUCGCCCCGGGGCAUGAGAGUGGCAGCUCUGCAGAAACGAGCAACUGUUGUCCAAUCCGCGUUUUCUGCUCUUUUAUCACCCUUUUCUCGUCGAUUCACUGAUAUCAUGCCGCUUAUUUUCUAGGUUUUCUAUUUCCUCCGUUCCUUCUCACCUUAUCACCGAAUUUCACUCAGGUUGAAGCCAAAUUCACCUAAGUAGACCCUACGAAUGUGAAUAGCCUUUGAAUGGUGGUACUGUACCUUGUGGCGGUUACGGUAAUCUUUCUCGGCACGAUGGUUUACGUCUGCCAAUGGGAAACGACGCCGGGGAAAAGGUUCUUUUCAAAAUUAGAGAGUUUCAAAAAAUGAUGAUCUUUUCUAUGGAUCUAGGUUGCUGCAAAACAGAUGUUUUAAAAAUUUUUGAUGAAUCGAAGACCAAGUUGAUUUUUUUUUCUUUCCAGCGGGGCACUCGACUCGGCGACCAAGAAGCUGGACAACGUGAUCGACCAGGCCAGGCACCGACAUCACCAGCACCGGAGCAAAUUCAAGGAGGCCAUCGAUUACCUCGACCAGAUCUUCGAGGACCUCAAGAAGGAGUGCGACGUGGUUCGUCAUGUUUUGGGGGAACUUUUCAAGAGAUUACAGUAGUAACAGCAUUCGGAGAAUAGGCUUUGAAAAAAGGGCUCGAAAUAUAAAAAAAUUCAUACUCACUGAGAAAAUCUCCAGUGAGUACUUAGGGGGCUACUUGGAAAGGUCACCAAAGUGGCCACUAAAGCCACCUCUAAAGAAGCCACUAUUUUUCGCCUUAGUGACCACUAUAGUAGUUUUCAUAGGUCCAGUAGCACUAGGAGAAACCUGAAAUUAAAAAAAUCCGUGUUUUAUUGGGAAAAUCUCUAGUGGCUACUUAAGGGGCUACUUGGAGAGGUCACUAAAGUGCCCACUAAAGCCUUCCCUAUAGAAGCCACUAUUUAGGGGCCAUUAUAGUAGUUUUUAGUGCUCCAGUAGCACCGGUUAGACUCCUAAAGUGGCCACUAACUUUCAGUCACUUAAGUGGCCUCUAAUUUGACCACUAUAGGUACCACUAAAACGUCAAAACCCCAUAGUGCUCACUAGAAACUUUCCCAGUAUGAGUUAAUUUUAGAGAGAUUGAGUCAUCUUCACUAAAUCUCAGCAUAGUUUAUUCCAAGAAAAACAGUUGAAACAGUAAAAAUAAAGCUACCGUAAGCUCAGGCCUUUCCUGCGCUUUCGCUACGAGACCCUUCAAAGAUCACUUUUUGCAGAACGGCGAUGACAAGAACAAUAACUCGUCAUCGGAGAAGGAGAACGGCGGGGCGAGCUGUUCGCCGGAAAUAAAACCCGCCGAAAAACACAAGGCGAAGAUUUCCGAGGCUCCGAUCGCUUCUGAGAAGUGAGUUGCGGCCGAUGAUCACUUAAGUGACCUCUUGGAAGCUUCUGGGAAUCAUAAGGAACUGAAAAUUUAAGAAAAUGCCAAGUUGUGAAUUUUAUGUGAAGCUUUUUUGAUGGAAAAAAUUUCUUAUAUUUUUUUCUCUGGUUUUUUUUUGAGCCUAGUCGUAGAAUCUGUUGAAUUGAACCAGAUGUUCUUUUUAUUUUUUUAAGAUUUUUAUUUUUUUGUUUUUUUGUUCAAAAUGAGCGUUUUUUUGAAAUUGUUUAGAUGAAAUUUCGACCAUUUUCACCUUAAAAAAAUGUAUUAAUUUUUAAGGAAUUUUUUUAACUAUAUCUCCCGAGGGAGUUAUUCGGUAGAAAUUUGGGCGUCAUUUUAAAGGCGAUUUAUGUUGAAAAGACAACAGCUUUUUUAGGUUCUAGGGAUUUUUUUUAAAUCAUCUUUGAUUUUUUUUCAUUUUUUCAAGAAACCAGUUCUAUAUUGGCCAAUUUUCUUUAUAAAUCGGUCUUCAUCAAGAAAAUGCAUUGAUCGAUAAGCUAUAUCAUAUAGUUUCGUAUAGAAAGCCCCGAGACAUCUUGUCACUCAAAAUGUACACUUUUUGCCUUCGCCUACCCCAUCUUUUGUUUCACGAUCAUUUCGCUGAGAUUUUCGGUUUUUGCUGUUAAAUCAAGCGGUUCGCCAAGGGGAAAAUAAGGCAUCUGGUGUUGAUAUUGGGAUGGUUGAGCGGCGUCAAGUUUGUUUUGUCGCCAAUUUUCCGGUUCCGACGGGAGGAACGCGGGCAGGCAGAAGCGCUCAUUUUGGGGCUGCUUCUGGCUUCCUCAUUUUUCCCUCUUGCUCCUGGAUUUUUCAUUUUUUUUUUGUCAAAAUUAUAGCGAAAACUUCUUAUUUUUGAAGGAUAGAAGGAGAUACUCCUCACUCCACAGGCAAAGUCCAAACGACCUCAAAAAAGUCUGAAAAAAGAGGCUAAAGCUCCUCAAUAAGUUCCUAAAAAGUUUCUCAGAAUCUCCUUUUUUCCAUAUUUUUUUCUGUCUUAUUUUUUUACACCUCCUUAAAAGGUCUAGAAAAAGGCGCCUUUGAAGCCUUUUUGUUGAGACCUUUCGGACUUUGCCCGUGUAUUAUGGCUGAUAGAAAGAUUUUUCUGUUACCUCAGGAUUUAUCGAGGUUUUCCGUGAAAGAAUCAGCAAGAAUCUUCCAUUUUUGAGUAAUAGAAAGAUAUACCUCUUUUUUUUUAGAAUUGUAGAAGUUUUUUUGGUUGAAAUUUCAGUGAAAAUCUUCCAUUUUUUAAAUGAUAUAAGUGUAAUUUUUUGGCUUUUAAGCUCAAAAUUGACUAGUUUAACGUUGUAACAGUUAGUAAACAACAACAGGAAUUAUUAGAAAGUUGGAAAAUUAUUUUUUGGAAAAAAUGCCACUUGAAUACUCUUACGGUUUUUUGACGUCUUCAGAGAGAAUUAGGAAAAAAUCGCUUAAGUGAUCACUAGAGCACCCUCAAAUGUCUUCUGCGAUCUCCUAGAACCUCGGACAUGACUGAGCAUUCCUAGUGACCACUUUAGUGGCUUCAGAACCCUUAAGUGAUCCCUAUAAGCGCUUCGACACGUCCGAUACGCGUCUGGCCCGCGUUACCAAAGUCCGAGUAAUAUUAAGUAUUCAAAAAAUCAUUGCACACAUUGUCCGUGGAGCGCGCACGACUUAUUUUUUGGCUUCUGAAAAAUUUUAUCUAAAUGGCGUGAUAUGUGUUCUAGUGGCCACUAUAGUAGCGUUAGCCCCCUUAAGUGGUCACUAGAAUUGCUCAGAAAAGUCUAAGACGUGCCCGGUUUCCGUUACUGAGAUCCUAUUUUUCAAAUCUCAAUUUUUAAGUUGCUGAACCAGCUAAGAAGCGGCAUUUAUAUGGAGGCAUUUAAUGAAGAAUUUUUUUAUAAAGUUCUAAAAAGGUAGUUUUUUAACGUCUUCAUACUAAAAAUUCAGUUUCUGAACGGAUUUUUUUUUAUGAAACCUACACCGGGUCACUAGAUGUAGACGGUCACUAAGUAUGAAAAAAGAGACUUGAAAUAUGAGCUUCUCAUCUUUCUGAACCUCAAAAAAAUUUUAAAAACAGCCGUUGUAGUCGAACUUGACCCUCUCAACUUUCUCCAAAAGCCUUUUUUUGUUGCUUAGUUGCCGGUUACUGAAGUGUAAAUUGGGUUGAAACGGCGUCGGCGGAUGACCCGGGGCAGCUGUUUCUCCGACGUCUUUUUGGCGAUUUCUACCCCACUCUUGUCCAGAUUCUGUCAUUGAUUUUUUGUCUAUUGGAAGCUUUUCUCUUGGAGUAUUGGUUGAUUUUGAAAAAGGUGUAGCUUUUUUUAAACUAUUUUUUUAACAAUUUUAGAAGAUUAAUUUUUUUAAUUUUUUUAAAACAGUUUUAGAAGAUUAAAACAACAUUUGGAGCCAGUAGGAAUAUUUUUGUGUGAAAAUAAUCCCUUAAAAAAUGGCCAGGACACUUUUUGAUGUACCAGAAGAAGAUUCUGAAAGUCUCAAUUUUUAUAAUUUCCUAUUUUUCGAGAAAUAAUGACUCAAAGACGCAAAAUUGGUCGUUUUUAAGGGUUUUCUUCGGUUUUGAGGGGCUCAAAAACGGAAAAUUUGGAUUUUUUAAGACUUUCAGGAUCUUUUUCUAGAGUGCUUUGACAAUUUUUCAGAAAAUCCUGACAAGGAAGGUCGUUUUACUUUUUGGAAUACCUGAAAAUUGUUUUAAACACUCCUUUGAGUACCAAAAAGCGUUAUGAAAGUCCAAACCUGCACAACUUCCUAGUUUUUGAGACCUUAAAGUCAAAAAAACCCUCAAAAUCCGCCGAAAAAUUCAUUUUUGGGGCUUUAAGCCCUUAUUUUUUAAAAACUAGGGAGUUGUGCAGAUUGAGACUAUCAGAACCUUAACUUGAUACUUUGAAUGAUAUUCUGACAAGUUUUCAGAAAGAAAACCCUCCUUGUCAACAACAAAAAUAAACUGAAAAGACCUCUUUUCUGAACUCAUUUUGAGUACGUUUCAAAGAAACUAGAUAUAGCCAUAGUUUCAAGACGAGUUUAGUGAAAGACGGGAUAAUUCAAAUAAAAAUAUUUCUUCCUGAAUCCGGUGGAUUCUAUAAUUAUGCCCAAAAAAUCCUGGAAAAAUUCCUUAAGGUGCCUCUACCUGGGCGAGCUUUAAAAAAAUACCAUAUGUGUUAAAAAACGACCCUUUAAAAAUUCAUAUCAUCAAAAAUAAGAGUUUGGCAAGAUCUAUGAAGAAUUCUGACCCACCAGAAAGCAUUGAAGAUAAUUUAUGAAAAUUCCAAACUUCAUCAAGAAGCUGCAAAUCUUGAUAUUUAAGAAAAACUACCGUCAUCAAGCCUACGGUAGUCCGGAAGACCUCGAACGGUAACAGUAACAGUCUGCCGACCCGCUCUUCGGCCCAGAAACAUCGACCAGUUCAGGUACUUCAUUUGAAGUCAAUUUUGUUGGAAAGGAGUGAACUGAUAGUCUUUUAGGUCGACUUUUUGAAAUGGAUAUCUGAAUUUUUUUAAAUUAUUUGAUGAUUUUUUUCGUUCGUAUUUUUCAAUUUUUUUCAGCCCCCCAUCGCCGGUUGAAGUGGUGAUCCCUGUGAAGCAGGUCAACGCGCCUGCCAACAUUACUGAAACUGAGGUCAUUUUUUCUCCAAUCAAAAGAAAUUUUUUGAGAAAAAUAAGCUACCAAGAAAUGUUUCGUGAAUUAUGGUGCUUAGGGUGUAAACACACCGAGACGCACUAAUGAAUACUCCAUUUUUUUCAUUUAAAAUUGGGAAAAAGCUAGAAAUUAAUUUCGGACUCUUUUUCAAAAACAAAUGGAAUUUCUUUCAAAGUUUUUUUAAAUUUGGGAGUCAUAUAUUAAAAAAAUUUCCUAUUUUUUUCUGUUUUUUUCAAUUUAUUUGCCAUAAAUUAAAUUUUUUUCUGGACGCUCUUAUUAUGGAUCAAAUCGAAGUUUCAAGCCUUGAAAUUGAAAUUUUUUUCUGAAAUAGAUCAAUACAACUAUUAUUUUUUUAUGCUUUAGUAUUCAAAAAUUUUGUCAGAAAAAUGAGGAUUUUUUUGAAAUUUUUUUGAUGAUUCCAAACUAGAAUAAAAGACGGAGAGCGCUAAAAACUUUUUAUUUCGCUCGAAAUACUUCCAAACAAUUUUUAAAAUAUAAUUUUGCAUUUUUCGUGCACGUAAAUAUGGAUUUCAAACCGAAUUAUUUUUUGUAAAAUCACGUAAAUAUGGAUUUUGAACCGAAUGAUUUUUUUUUAAAAUCAGACUGGGAAUAUAAAUUUUUCAGGCGAACGUCGCUGAGACGAUCGUCUUGCCGAAAAAGACGGACAAGCUGGAUUUCACUCGUCGUUGGCUUCACGAUGACCUCGCCUCGUUGGCCCACAUGCCACCGCCCAACAUCGCUCCCACCGCUGUCCGUUUUCUUUUUUGGGCCUCACUUUUAUGAUUUUUAAAAUAUUUUACAAGUCAUUUUUUUAUGAAAAACGGGGGUUUUCAUGAAACUCGGAUAACGUUGACUUUUUCUAUUCAUUUACCUGAUUUCCUGAAAAUUUUUUAUUCAGUUUCAUGAAAAUCGGAAAUUUUAACUUUCAUGGGCCUUUUCGUGAGCACUUUUUCUAUGCAUUUUUCUAACUUUUCCAAUAUUUCUGAGCAAAUUUCAUGAAAAACGAGAUUUUUUAAACCUCUUAAUGGAAGACUUUCUAUAUAACUGAACGGAAGUGUACAUUUUUCCAUCCAUUUUUCUAUUUUUCUCAACAUUUCUGAGCAAAUUUUAUGAAAAACGAGAUUUUUUAAGCCUUCUAGUGAAAGACUUUCCAUAAAAUUGGACUGAAUUUUACUUUUUUCUAUCUAUUUUUCUAUUUUUCGCAAUAUUUUUGAGUCAAUUUAAUGAAAAAAACGAGACUUUUUUUCAGCCGCUUAGUGGAAGACUUUCCAUGAAAAAAAUGAACUGAAAUUUACUUUUUUUAUAUCUAUUUUUUUCUAAUUUUCUAAAUAUUUCUGAGCAAAUUUCAUGAAAAAAACGAGACUUUUUAAGCCGCUUAGUGGAAGACUUUCUAUAAAAUUGGGCUGAAAUAUACUUUUUUUGAGAAUUACAGACUUUUUUUGUAGUAUUUUUUUAGUAUCAAAAUUGAAGAAAAAUUAAUUCCUUCAUGAAUUUUUUUAUUUUUAGUAAAGUGAGAAAAAAACUUUUUUUCAGUCCAUCUACCAGGAUUGCGACGAGCAUUCGUUAGGAAGCUGUAGCGCGGAAGUCGCUGCCAUCAAUACCAAAAAAGAGAAGAAGAAGAGGUUCAUUUUGAAUUUUUCUGUCUUGACAUCAUCUUGUAUUGCAGUAUGACCAACGGCGCGAACCACAAGAAGUCGGACGCCUCGGAGCCGAUCAGGCCGAGGCCGUUCCGACCUCAGCCGGUUUACGGAGUCCCCGGCAGCAGCAAUGGGUCAGUUUGGGCUUUUUUUUUUUUGAAAGGAGUUAGUUCAAAUGGAAAAUUGUCAUAACUUUUUGAGAUUUUACCUAUUUUAACAAAAAUAACUUUUUUAUCCUUUUUUUUGUCCUUUAUUUUGAUUUUUUGCGUUCUUAUUUGGACUCAAUUUUAUUCUUUUCAUUCAAUUUUGAUCUGAUGGAAGAAAAAAAAAGGUGAAAAUUAAAUCGAACUGAAAAAUGGCCAUUUUUGGAUACAUGGGCAAAGUCGGAAAGGGCGGAAAAGGCUCCAUAGAAAUGUUCCUUUUUGCUGCCUUUUUGCGCAUUUUCUCAGCCCUUAUGCACCAUUUUUGCAGUCUCUCUCUUUUUCCACCAUUUCUUGAGCCUUUAAAAUCCUAGAAAAAUGGAAGCCUCGAUAAAGGGACCCUUUUUGCGGCUUUUCUGCGGCCUUUUUGCUGCCUUUUUGCUGCCUUUUUGCAGCCUUUUUGCUGCCUUUCUGCUGCCUUUUUGCUGCUUUGUUUUGAGCCUCUCCCUUCCAGCUGCCAUUAUCCAUCAUUCUGACCGACUGAUGAAAGCGAAUUUGACAAUAUAUCCACAUUUUUCAGAAACGGCUACCCGACAGAAUACGACGGAUCGCUGGGAACCUCGAAUUCCCUGCCUCGCGUCGCUUCAUUCGAUCGCGUAUCCAAUGAAAAUCUCCAACGACGUUCCGGAUCUCAGGUACAUUCUUUUACAACCAAAUACUGCAUAAAAGUUCGAACCCUGAAAAUACUAGCUGAAAACUUGAAAAGACAAGGUGUAACGAAAAAACUUGAAAAGCGGUCUGUUUUAAACAUGAUUUGAAAAGGCGAGUAGAACUAAAAAUGUGAUGUUUAUGGAAAAAAAAAAUCACUAUAGUAUUAAAUUUUCUGGUAACGAAAACUGGACGUGCUCCGGACGGUUCUGAUCAGUUCUAGGGGUCACUUAAGGGUGCUGACGCUACUAAAGUGGUCGCUACAAAUGCCACGUCUCGUGUAGGGCUUCUGCGAAGGUCGGCCCGUAAGCCUAUCGCCCUCCCCCCGGCCUUUAUUUAAGCCCGGUUCGGCCCUAGGGAGUCCUCAAGCAAAAACAGCCGGCCCGGCCCAAAAAGCUCAAUCUUUCUUUAAAGAUUUUAUCAAGCUUUUAUGCCUGGCCUGACUUCUUCCAAUAUGCGAUUUUGAAUUAACUUCCCUGCCCAUUCUCCGUGGAGCGCAAGUUCACGGGAAUGAUUACUUUUUCUGAACUUUUUUUUGGUGUCUGAUGGGAAUAAAGCAACAAAACUGCUCCAAAAGGAGCAUUUUUACGAUUUAAGAGCAGUUUUGUGGCUAGGCAACCCUUUUUUUGCUCUUUAUUACUUGCUUGGACCUUGGUAAUGAAAACCGAACUUUUUGGAGCAUUUCUAGUGACCACUUUAGUAGCGUUAGCCCCCUUAAGUGAUCUCUAGAGUCGCUCAGAAGCGUCCGGAGUGCUUCUAGUUCCGUUACCGAGAUCCGAGUGUUCUACGGAACACAUAGAAAAGAAAAAUCGGGAUCUUUUUGAACCCCCGGACCUCGAAUCUUCUCUGGAACCAAUCGGGUCAACAAAUCUCCCGAAGAUCUCUUUUCUUCUUGCUUGUUUCGUUUUUACACACCGCAGUUUGUCUUAUCGAGAAAAAUUGGGCAGGCUUAUCGAUAAAGCUGGAGGCUUUCGGUUUCGUAACAUUUGUCAGAAGCUCGAGAGCCACGGGGCCCUUACGACGAUUACACACAGCCGAGUGCGAGGAACGAACGGCCAAGUUUCCGAGAACUUUGCAGGAGAUUGCGGUGUAACGACGUUUUGCGGUGUGUGAGGCAAUCGUUGCCGCGGCCGGGUCCUAUGAGAAGAUCCGGGAGUUUUUUGGGGAUUUUUGAGGAAGUUGCAUGAUUAAGGAUUUUUUUUUUGGUUUUCUACGCUUGUUGGCACUUUUCUUAAGCUCAUGGAACACGGCGUUUUUGUUAGUGGAAGAAAAUUUAAAACCAAAAAUGAAGGGGGUGGAGCCAAAACACGCCGUUCCCAUGUGACGUCAUGGAAAACGCGUAAAAAACAGGAAAUAUUAAAGGCGCAUGUUCAAUGGGUCAUGAGACGAAUCUAUUUCUCAUCCUAAAAAACGCAAUUUUUCUGUUUUUUUUUAAAGUCCAUGUUGUUUCUGAAAUUCUGCGAAGUUCAAAACAGCCGCCAGAGAGUGAAAAAUAUACCUGAAUUUCGGAAUAUUAGAGAUGAUUCUGAAUUUCGCGAAAAUUACUUCGAACACGGCAUGUGCGAAAGCGCUGCAGUGCAUGCACACGACACACUACACUUUACGGGCAAAGUAUGGGCGUCGUUAAUAAAACGCUGUAGGAUGCGUAGAAGUAGCCUCGAGGGGCUCCAAAGGUAGAAAAUCAUUUCUAUGACGGUAGAACGGAGUCUAAUCGCAAACAAUACCGCGAUGCUUUGAGCCACUCUUCGUGCGACCAGAUCAGUGCGAAGUCUGGUCAUAAAGGUCUUUUGACCUUCAGAAUAAGGAAAAAGGCAUACAUUCUAUUUUUUUUUUCCAAGGUUACUUUUUUCCGGGUUUGGAAGUUUCCUUGUCUUUUUCAUAACAUCUUUGAAAGCUUGAAAAUUGAUGGAAACUUUCUAGGUCCAUUUAAAAAAAAACAGACACUUUUCCCACAUUUUGCCUCUUCCAGGAACCCUACAACACUCUGCACUCGAAAAGAUCCGACGAUGGAUCGACUAGACCAUCGCCGUCGGCUUUCCAACAAGUUUCGGCGUUCCCCUCGCGUGGCAGCCAAAUGAGAGCCUCACUGAGGUAUCUUGAAAAGAAAUUCUGUUCAAGAAAAUUUGAUUCAGAUCACUGCCUGACCACUCGCCGGUUCGACCCAGGCAGCAGCAGGAGACUGUCCGCGAUCCAGUGCUCGCCAUCGAUCAGCUCGUCGCCGAGCUCGAACUCAACACCGAUCAGGUCUGUCGAGCUUCAGCUUGAGAUACACUGGAGACUUUUUCAGAGGAUUUUGCAAUUUUUAAUGAUAGGAGUUUAAGCUAGUUAUUUUACAGCGCUGGGGAAAAUUUUUAGUGGCCACUAUAGAAGCUCGCCAACUACUUGUAGAGGACACUAAAGUGACCACUAAACCCACCUCUAUAGUGGCCACUAUUUUCCGUUUUAGUGGCAACUUCAGUAGUUUUUCAUCCAGUAUUUCUUCCAGUAACUCUGAUUUUUCAAAACAAACAGAUUGGACCAGUUAUGUUGAUUCAUUGAUCCCUAAAGGGACCACUAAACAUUUCAGUGGUUUAGUAGGAGCACUUAGACCUCUAUAGUGGCCACUAAAUUUUAACUCCUUAAGUGGCCAUUAAUCUGACUGCUAAAGUGGUCACUAAAACGUCAAAACCCUAUAGUGGCCACUAAAAAUUUUCCCAGUAGCUGAAUAAGGUUUUUCGGUUAUAAACAGAAGCUUUUGUACUUUUUGACACCUGACUUAUCUUGUUACCUCGAGAGAUGGUAAACGAAUUGAAAAAAAAACGGCGUUGUCUUAAAAAUGCAUGACCAAUGAUUUUUCAGCCAAUGUCGGCGUCCGACAAGCGCAUGUCCUUCCCCACCACCUUGACCAGCCGUUGCGCCGCCCACAUCGCCGUCCCGCAGCAACAGCAGCAGAGCAACGACUACGAGCAACCGACCAGACAGCGUGCAGAGCUUCGCGCGGCUCCGGCACGAGCUCGUGCUCAAGGGUAAGCAACUGCAGGGGUAGAUGUAGUUUUUCAUGCUAAUUCCGAAUGUAUCCCCAAAAGUUGCCACUGAGAUCUGUGAAGAAAGUUACGGGCUCUCAAAAGUCGAAAAAAGUGAUUUAGCUAUUUUAUUUCCAGCUUCUUCGCGCCAACGAACGCCCAGGCUCUGAACAACAACUCCCAGUCUCAACUGUACGCUCAGCCACAGCGACCUGCCAACCGGCAGCAGAAGUCGUUAGACGAGGUGACGACGAUGUUGAACAACGUCGUCAACCAGUUCAGCCAGCAACACAAACCUGUUCGAAAACAGACGAGUUGGUGUUUAUGCGAAGUACACGGGUCAAAUACAAGUGACCUUUUAAGGACCUUGAAAGAAGAAAAACGCUUUUUUGUUAGUGGAAGAAAAUGUAAAACCAAAAAUGAAGGGGGCGUGGUUAAGACCUCCGCCGUUCCCAUGUGACGUCAUGAGAAACAAGCGUCAACAACAGGGAAUAUUAAAGGCGCAUGUUCAAUGGGUCAUGAGACGAAUCUAUUUCUCAUUUUAAAAAAUCGCAAUUUUUUUAUUUUAUUUUUUUUAAAGCACGUCCCAUGGUCAAAGUAAUUCCGCGAAGUUCAAAAUAGCCGUCUGUGCGAGAGCGGCGCAGUGCAUGCACACGACACACUGCACUAUACGGAAAAUAUAGGGGCAGGACGUCGUCAAAAAAAGUGUCCAAGCUAUUUUUUUCAUUUUUUCAAGGAAGGGCGUCUUUUUUUUCUAACAUAUUUUAUCUCCUUAAAAGGGAUCUCAUAAAAAGUCAUAUAAGGGUACUGGAAGGGCCUUUUAAAAUCUCCUUUUCAGGUAUUAUUGAACUUUUCUCGUUGAAAACUGCAUCCUGAGAAUAUAAGAAACAUUUUCUGCCUUCAGGCCAGCCCUUCAACGCCCUACACGGGCAGGCCGGGCAAUCGAACGCCUUUGAAACCAUCAACCAGGAGAAGAUCAACCCGAGCCGCGUCGAGGCCAUGCACAACAUGUUCGAGAAGAACACCGGUUCGCUCUUCGGCUUAUUCAAAAAUUUAACAAGUCGAAAUUGAGUGGCUCAUUCACAAAAACUUGUUGAGAUCUUUAAAUGAUAGUCGGAAUGGAGAAAGGUCCUAUAAGGAGGUCAUUUUAGUUCAGAAAUUUGUGAAAAUUGACCAGAAUACUCCUUGAUCUACCUGAUGAAGAUCCUGAAAGUCUCAACCUACAAAAAUUUCUAGUUUUCGAAAAAUGGCGGCUCAAAGCCUCAAAAUGGCCUAUUUUUAUGGAUUUUGUGGUCUUUCUUUGACUAUGGGGCGUUUUUUCUGGUUAAGACUUUCAGUAUCUUUCUCUUCAAAAUGGCUUAUUUUUGCGGGCUUUGAUGGUUUUUCGGAUUCUAAGGCGCUCCUUUUCUAGAAGUAUGAUUUUGGGCAGGUUGAGGCUCUCAGGAACCGCACCUCAGAGAGUUUUGAACAAUUUUCAGAAGAAUUUCUAACUGAAUUGACCUUCUUUGUGUGUAUUUCCAGUGUUCCAGCAAGUUUUUGUGAAUCUACAUUAACUUUUCUACAACAUCCAUCUAUAACUUAGUAAACGGUGAAUUCAGAGUGCUGAGCGGCUACAAACGCCUCACCCCACUCGAUAAAAAUCACUGUGAGAAAAAGCUCGCGUUGUAGUUCCUCCUCACGUAGCCGUUAGUCUGACUAAUCGAGAGGCUUUUGUAUAGUCUGUGUGCCAAGACUUGAAAUUUCACCGAACGACAUUCCGCUGUGCCGCUGCGUGCGUUCGCGAAGCGUCUUUCGAAUCUAGGUCACGCUUUUUUUUUGAUUGUUAUCGCUGUGGGAGGACAUGAAAGUAGAGUAACUUAAUAAAAGAUAAAAGAAAUUAAAAGCGACCAAGGUUGGCAAAGGCGCGCAGCGGCACAGCGGAAUGUCGUUUAGGUAAAUUUCAAGUCGUGGUACACAUGCUAUAGUUUUCUUCUCAUAGAAACUAUCGUUUUCUGUUAUGUUUCUUUUUUUUCCCCGUUUCUCUUAAAAGAGAUGGAAAUUCAGUCCCGACCUCCUGGAAGAUGCAACAUCCUCAACCCUACAAAUCGCCGUCCAAAGAGGAGGAAACCUACUACGAGAUCAACGAGUUCUCCUCCAAGCCUUACAAGGUCGGAGAGUUUUGAGUUCUAAUAGAAACUUGUAUUUUUCGAAAAAAUUUAUUGUGCUCUUUUUGUCCACAGAAGCGUGAAGAGCAUUGAAAAAAAACCCUAGUUUUGAAAUUUCACUAGGCGAUGACCUUAAAAGGCGAGUUUUUUCAGCCCCGCGCUCAAAUUUCCAGGGAAACUUUGUUGAAGCACACUUAGGGACCUCCUAUAUCCAGAAAAAAAAAGAAUUUUUGGCAAAUUUUGCCUUACAAUUGAGUUAAGGCGUUUCACAGUUCGAGAAUUUAACAAACUUUGGAAAAAAAGGGGUUUUUGAGGCGUUUUAGCCGUCAUAACUCUACUAUAAAGCGGAACCAAGCUCUAAAAAACUUUUUUAAAGCAAAGUUUCAUCAAAAAUUGAUCCGGGGUCAAGAGAACUUAUUUUAAAGACUUCUUAAAAGUUUUAUUUUUUUUUUCCUGUUCAUAGGCAAAGUCGGAAAAGGUGGAAAAGGCUGCAUAGAAAUGUUCCUUUUUUGCUGCCUUUUUGCGCUAUUUCAUCGGCUCUUUUGCACCAUUUCUUGAGCCUUUAAAAUCCAAAAAAAUGGAAGGCUCGAUAAAGGGGCUCUCUUUGCGGCUUUUUUGAGCCUCUCCUUUUUAAUGACCAUUAUUCACCAUUCCGACUUUGCCCGAGUUACGAAAUUCAAAAUUCGAAAUCGAUUACUUCAUUUCUGAACGUAUAAAACGUUUCAGAGAGUCUCACCACCGAAAGAAAUGCACGCGACUUCCCGCAAGUACUCUCCGUCGAGCGGCGGCGUCCCCCAACAAGCCUCCUACACAGUCCAACGGCAGCACCAUCAGCAGAACGAGGCGCCGGAGUACGUCCCAGCGGUCCCCCUCACCAACCCGCCACAACAUCCCCCUGGUCAGUGGCACCUUUCAUUAUCUUCAGCUUCAAGAAAAGUAGUUCGAACUUCGCAGUAGUAGAAAAGUUCACAAAGAGCCUUUCGAGCUCGGAAUUUUCUGAAAAUUUCCUAAAAUACUCUUUGAUGAGCUUUAGAAAAUCCCCCAAGAACUUUUAAAAUUUUCUUUUCUAUUGUAAAUCGAAUAAUAAGUUAGAAAUGUUUCUAGAAUAAUCCGACUUUUCUAAAAUUACGGAACCUUCAGAAAUGCCAGCCACUUACCACACGGCCCUGACCGGCUCUGCCAACUCAUCGCAGGGCGGUUACUAUUCUUCCAACAGUUCUGGUGUCGGAUCUUAUCCCCAGCAGGUCGGAUAUUUAUUUUUCGCCUUCUAAAGACUUUUCCAGAACCCUCGCCGAAGCUCGAUAAUCGAGCGACAGUCGGUCUCAUCCCGCGUCCCUUCGAUGGAAGACGACGACGACGGAUUCUAUGACAACAUCGGAAUUGUGAGUCAUAUCUUUAAAUUUCAGAGAACUCUCAACGAAAAAACCAUCAAAAUUUAAAAAAAAAAUUUUGCAAUGGUAAAAAUGAGCCUGAAAAAUCUGCCGACGGGUGGCGAAACUUAGAAACUCCAAAGUGGUCUCUAUAGGGGCAACCUUAGGGUAUCUGUAGGUUUACCCACCUCUAUAGGGGCCACUAACGCUAGCAAAGUGGUCCCUAUAGGGGUUUCAGUUAUGGGCCUUAAGCUUGAGCUUUAGGGGCUAAAGAGUCAGAUCGUAAACCCCUCUAGGGACCACCUUAAUUUUACCCCUAUGGGGAACCCUUCUCCGACCUCUAUAGGGGUUUUUCUUUCCCUUAAUCCCUAAAGAGACCACUUUAAAAUUCCUGAAAAGCUCGUUUUUCUGACCUGACCUGACGGCAUGCCAUAUUCACGCGUGAAAUUCGAUUUUCAGUUCGACGACCGCCGAUUCUCACGUGGAAGCGAGUUCGACGCCGCUUCGGUGUCUUCGCGGCAGCUUCCCCCCACGAACCACGGCAAAAACCGCAUCGGCUCUUUCCUACGCAAAAUCGGUGGCAGCAAUAACAGACCGCCCGGAAGUGCCGCCAGUCUCAUGUCUCUCAAUAAGGUUGAAAUUUUGAUUCAAGAUGAAGAGUCAUUUUAGUGUUUUUCUGGACAUUUUUUAGGAGUUUGCUCAAACUCUCAAUCACGAAAAUUAAGAAAGAAUGUAUUUAAAAGUUUGAAUCUAGAAUUCGCGAGGAAUUACCAGCCCAUUAAAAAUUCUUUGAGCACAUUUAUGAAAAAUGACGUGAAAAUAAUUUCACAAAAAGAACUUCAAACUGAAAAAGGAGUUUGCAGGUUGCAAAUGAGACAAUCGUCAAGCCAGCCGGCCUGAUGAAAAGCAACAGCUUGAGCACAGAGCCUUGGAAGAAACAUGUACUUGACACGGGACGUAGCUUGCCGAGAGAGGGUAACAAACUUCCAGAAAACUAAAAUAAUUUUUACUGAUUUAAGCGAACAACAACUCACAAAAGACGGGAUUGGGCGCCCGGUUGAAGAACUCGUUGUUCGGCUCCAAAAAACGCUUAAACGGAUAAAAUUAACAAAUUUUUCUUACGUAUUGCCAGAGAGAAAAGCCUUGAUUGCUCAGUUCUUGUGAUUUUGUUAUACUUUGCCUGAUUUUUUUUUGAUUGCCACCCCGUGAAAUUUCUGCAUUUAUACUUCUUACUAACAAAAAAUACAGCCCUGUUUUGACCUACAAUGUAGAAAAUAGAUUUAGUUUUUAUUUUUCUUUAAUGGAGCUUAUUUUUUUGGUUUCUACUUAUAAAUUUUUCCACCUAUCAUAUAGAAUUUUCUCCACUUUAAAAUAUUACACCGAAAUUUACAAACAAAAUUGGUUGUUAUCGUAUAAAAAACGCAAAAUAUAAAAUAAAAAUAUUCUGAUUUUUGUGAUGAUUUCAAGAGCCGGAAUUAAAGGCGCAUGUGAACAUUUACAGAGGAUUUUCAAAGGAGACUUCAUAUAUACGGUGGAUUUGAAGCUCCGCCUUCGACUCCUAAAUUUUUCUUUUUCAAGUUUUUUUCAAUUUUUCCGUGCAAGUUUUGUUGAGUUUUUCCAUUAUUUCAUUUAAUUAUGUUUUAGAAAUAUUCUUUUUACGUUAAGAGAGACUUCAUGCUCUAACUUGUCAAUGAAACUUCCAAUUUUUGACUUUUUUUGAGACCUCUUUUUUUCUUUGAAGUUUUUUUGGUUCUAGAAAAAGCAAUCAAACUUUGUUUGCCGAGAAGCCCUGGUUUUUCAGAGAAUCUUUCACCGCAAAUUUCGCAAUCACCAUGGAUGAUUGAAAAGGGCCGAAAAAAAUUUUUGAAAAAAACUAAAGAAAAUUUGGAUUUCGCGAAAUUACAAAGCCGAAUAUUAGUUUUUUUCAAAUUUUUGAAAGGUGAAAAUUUAACAAUCAAAAUCUGAAAAAAACGUAUCUGGAUUUUUGAUAUCUAAUUUUUUUACGAAUUUGGGAUGGCCGUGACCUGAAUGAUUUAAUUUUUUUAGAAAAAAAUAAAAAAAUCGCUAAUCGGAAGUCUAUAAGCUAAAAAAAUGUUCCUGUCAUAAAACUAUGUAAAUUGUUAAACGGAUCCGAUUUUUCCAAAUGUAUAAAUUCGUUGUCAUUGAAAUUUUUUUGAAAAGUAUCUUAAUGAUGUCAAAAUGAAUCUUGAAGUUAAAAAAAUUAUCUAGAGCAAUUUUAAUAAAGGUCUUCAGUUUUCUUUGUGGUUUUUCACCAUAGUUGUAUCUGAAAAUUGAACGCGCUAUAUCAUAAUAUACUUUAUGUCUUUUUUUCUUUUGAUUAUCAUUUUUCCAUAUUAAUUUCAGGUAAUGGCUCCGCAAACGAAAAAAAGUUGGCUAAAGAGUCCAAGAGCAAAAUUUCAAAAGCGUUGAACGCGAAGAAACAAUCGGUCCGCGGCAACACUGUCACUAAAAAAAGAAGGUCCGAACGAACGUCCGCUUCCAUCGUCCCAGUACCUUGAAGCUUGCUCGUUCACCAAGGUUUCUUCUUACGAAAUUUUUGUUUAACCUCAUUGAUUUUUUUCUAUAAAAAAAUUUAUUUUUGAAUCUAGGCUCUAUUAGUUGAAAACUUGUUUUUGGUUUCUUCAAGUAAAAACAGCCACAAACAAUAUGACAAAAAAAUCUGAUAAAACUUGUUAUGGACUCAAAAAUUUUUUUGGUAAAUUUUUUUGAUGAAUGAAAAAUUGAAAACUGAAGUGUCUUUUUGUUAUAAACAAAGUUUGCAGGUUUCCGCGAGUUUUCGGCUCCAGGUCGCAACAGGUUGGAUGCUUUCACCAUCAUCAAGCACCCACAUACCACCGAAAGCGCAAUGAAGAAAAUUGAAGACCACAAUACAUUGGUCUUCAUUGUUGAUGAACGCGCCAACAAACACGACAUUAAGAGAGCUGUCAAGAAACUUUACAACGUUCGAGCUAUGAAGGUACGAUUUCUUUAUUAACCUGUGUGAAUAAUCUCGAUUUCAAAGUUUGAAGUAUUAUCUUUUUUUUUCGUAGAAACCACAAAUUCGUUGUCGUUAGAAAUUUUGAUGAUGUGCUAAACUUCAUUCCCCGAAAUCCGAAAUAGAAGACGGAAAAAAAAGUUCCCAAAUUUUGGAGAGUCAGAGCUGACUCCGCGAAAAUUUUUUUGAGCACGUCAUUAAAAUAUCUCGCGCCAAGUCGUUCCGCUCUGAAAUAUUUUUUUUUCGUUUGGGUCUGAGUUUUCGCAAAUUCUCCGAAAGAACAAUCUUCUGUUUACUUUAACAAGUUUUCAAAGCGGGACCUUUUUAACCUCUCUUGUCAAUUUUGAUACGCUUAUUGAUUUUUCAAAACUUAUGAAACUCUUUUCAUAGAAGUUGAAAUUUCAGGUCAACACCUUGAUUACUCCCCUUCACAAGAAGAAAGCUUACGUUCGUCUGUCUCCUGAUUACGACGCGCUCGAUGUUGCCAACAGAAUCGGUGUGAUUUAA